AUGACUAGCGAGCGGAAGAGCGAGAGGCCAGUGGAGCUGAUACCAGCAGAGAUGCGUGAAUUGUGCAAGACAGGAACAGUGAAGACAGAUGUGUUAGAAAUGAUUGUAAUUCAUAUAUUAGUCUAUGAUUUGUAGGCCUAUGCUGCCAUACCACCUGAACAUGUGCUAUACAAGACGGAGACAAAAAAUAUAAGCCAGAGACAGAUUUAGAUAGGCCGAUCAUACACACUAAUUAAAAUGUGGUAUCAACAUAACCACACUCAAAUGGCUAAUGGUUGUACAUUUCAUCUUCAUCAUAUGCCUACUAUCGCAUAGCUGUCUCUCUAUCCCCCUUCAAACUUUCCUUGUCAUUCAUUUGAUAUGCUACAUUAUUUUAGCAUUAUGACAUAGGUCUAUCGGUUUUUAAUAGCCAAAGUUUUUAGGAAAGGACAAAUGAGAUUUGCUCUUGUGUGUUUAAGAUAAGCUAGUGGCUGUGAUUGAUGUGUCCUUUUGACGGGUGUGCGUGUGUCAGUUUGCACAUUUUCUCAAUGUCCAUUUAAAAAGUUUCCUAAAGUAAUUUAAUUCAUUUCUGUUGUUGCUUUGUGAUGAGACUGUCAUGUUAUCAAUUUGGCCUACACGUGUCUCUGCUUUCCCAACAUGCCACUACAUGUGGCACCGCCGUGUUGUGAUUUACAUGUAUUUUUUGCGACCACAGUUGGUUGAAGACAUUCUUGCCCUUGGCCCUAUAAUUGGUUAGUCCGGCCCAAAUAAAUGGCUCUGGUCCGGUGUAUAUGGGAACAAUGUUAAUGCUUAGAUUUUUGGUUAUGUGGUGCAUUGGCAUGCACAGAAACCUGUUGGUGGAAGAUUCGUUGCAUAUAUUUUAUAUAUCUAUAAAUAAGGCAUCAAUAAGAGUGCCCCCCAGCUGAUCAUAGUCUGGCAUCGGCUCUGAGGCUAGGGAACUACAAAGGCGAAAUAAUAAAUGCAAUACAAAAUGUACAUUAUUUAUUGCAAAAUACACUGUUCCAUUUACAAAAACAACUGAAACAACUACUAGGCUACCAACAGCAUAUACAGUCAAAGGGACCCAACAUAAACAACAUACAGUGGGGAAAAAAAGUAUUUAGUCAGCCACCAAUUGUGCAAGUUCUCCCACUUAAAAAGAUGAGAGAGGCCUGUAAUUUUCAUCAUAGGUACACGUCAACUAUGACAGACAAAUUGAGGAAAGAAAAUCCCGAAAAUCACAUUGUAGGAUUUUUAAUGAAUUUAUUUGCAAAUUAUGGUGGAAAAUAAGUAUUUGGUCACCUACAAACAAGCAAGAUUUCUGGCUCUCACAGACCUGUAACUUCUUCUUUAAGAGGCUCCUCUGUCCUCCACUCGUUACCUGUAUUAAUGGCACCUGUUUGAACUUGUUAUCAGUAUAAAAGACACCUGUCCACAACCUCAAACAGUCACACUCCAAACUCCACUAUGGCCAAGACCAAAGAGCUGUCAAAGGACACCAGAAACAAAAUUGUAGACCUGCACCAGGCUGGGAAGACUGAAUCUGCAAUAGGUAAGCAGCUUGGUUUGAAGAAAUCAACUGUGGGAGCAAUUAUUAGGAAAUGGAAGACAUACAAGACCACUGAUAAUCUCCCUCGAUCUGGGGCUCCACGCAAGAUCUCACCCCGUGGGGUCAAAAUGAUCAGUGAGCAAAAAUCCCAGAACCACACGGGGGGACCUAGUGAAUGACCUGCAGAGAGCUGGGACCAAAGUAACAAAGCCUACCAUCAGUAACACACUACGCCGCCAGGGACUCAAAUCCUGCAGUGCCAGACGUGUCCCCCUGCUUAAGCCAGUACAUGUCCAGGCCCGUCUGAAGUUUGCUAGAGUGCAUUUGGAUGAUCCAGAAGAGGAUUGGGAGAAUGUCAUAUGGUCAGAUGAAACCAAAAUAGAACUUUUUGGUAAAAACUCAACUCGUCGUGUUUGGAGGACAAAGAAUGCUGAGUUGCAUCCAAAUAACUCCAUACCUACUGUGAAGCAUGGGGGUGGAAACAUCAUGCUUUGGGGCUGUUUUUCUGCAAAGGGACCAGGACGACUGAUCCGUGUAAAGGAAAGAAUGAAUGGGGCCAUGUAUCGUGAGCUUUUGAGUGAAAACCUCCUUCCAUCAGCAAGGGCAUUGAAGAUGAAACGUGGCUGGGUCUUUCAGCAUGACAAUGAUCCCAAACACUCCGCCCGGGCAACGAAGGAGUGGCUUCGUAAGAAGCAUUUCAAGGUCCUGGAGUGGCCUAGCCAGUCUCCAGAUCUCAACCCCAUAGAAAAUCUUUGGAGGUAGUUGAAAGUCCGUGUUGCCCAGCGACAGCCCCAAAACAUCACUGCUCUAGAGGAGAUCUGCAUGGAGGAAUGGGCCAAAAUACCAGCAACAGUGUGUGAAAACCUUGUGAAGACUUACAGAAAACGUUUGACCUGUGUCAUUGCCAACAAAGGGUAUAUAACAAAGUAUUGAGAAACUUUUGUUAUUGACCAAAUACUUAUUUUCCACCAUAAUUUGCAAAUAAAUUCAUUAAAAAUCCUACAAUGUGAUUUUCUGGAUUUUCUUUUCUCAUUUUGUCUGUCAUAGUUGACGUGUACCUAUGAUGAAAAUUACAGGCCUCUCUCAUCUUUUUAAGUGGGAGAACUUGCACAAUUGGUGGCUGACUAAAUACAUUUUUUCCCCACUGUAACUGAAUGACAACCAGUCCAGAAUAAGAAAAUACAAUGUUGUUCCUAUAUCUUAUCAAGUACAUAUCUUGAGUGAAAAUGUCACGGCUGAGAAUUGUAGCCUACACUCUGUCUCUGGUGUCCCUGGUCUGAUUCUAAAUCCUGCUACACACACACACACACACACCACACACACACACACACACACACACACACACACACACACACACACACACACACACACACACACACACACACACACACACACACACGGAGUACCAGUCAAACGUUUGGACACAGCUACUCAUUCAAGGUUUUUUCUUUAUUUUUUACUAUUUUCUACAUUGUGGAAUAAUAGUGAAGAUAUCAAAACUAUGAAAUAACACAUAUGGAAUCAUUUAGUAACCAAAAAAGUGUUAAACAAAUCAAAAUAUAUUUUAUAUUUGAGAUUCUUCAAUGUAGCCACCCUUUGCCUUGAUGACAGCUUUGAACAUUCUUGGCAUUCUCUCAAUCAGCUUCAUGAGGUAAUCACCUGGAAUGCAUUAAUUGCAAAGUCCCUCUUUGCCAUGAAAAUGAACUUAAUCCCCAAAAAAACAUUUCCACUGCAUUUCAGCCCUGCCACAAAAGGACCAGCUGCCAUCAUGUCAGUGAUUCUCUCGUUAACACAGGUGAGAGUGUUGACAAGGCUGGAGAUCACUCUGUCAUGCCGAUUGAGUUAGAAAAACAGACUGGAAGCUUUAAAAGGAGGGUGGUGCUUGAAAUAAUUGUUCAUCCUCUGUUAACCAUGGUUACCUGCAAGGAAACACGUGCCGUCAUCAUUGCUGGGGUAAAGUAAUUUUCUCUGAUGAAUCCCCUUUCCGAUUGUUUGGGGCAUCCGGAAAACACCUUGUCCGGAGAAGACAAGGUGAGCGCUACCAUCAGUCCUGUGUCAAGCCAACAGUAAAGCAUCCUGAGACCAUUCAAGUGUGGGAUUGCUUCUCAGCCAAGGGAGUGGGCUCACUCAUAUUUUUGCCUAAGAACACAGCCAUGAAUAAAGAAUGGUACCAACACAUCCUCUGAGAGCAACUUCUCCCAACCAUCCAAGAACAGUUUGGUGAUGACCAAUGCCUUUUCCAGCUUGAUGGAGCACCUUGCCAUAAGGCAAAAGUGAUAACUAAGUGGCUCGGGGAACAAAACAUCAACAUUUUGGGUCCAUGGCCAGGAAACUCCCCGACCUUAAUCCCAUUGAGAACUUGUGGCCGAUCCUCGAGAGGCGGGUGUACAAACAAAAACCCACAAACUCCAAGCAUUGAUUAUGCAAGAAUGGGCUGCCAUCAGUCAGAAUGUGGCCCAGAAGUUAAUUGACAGCAUGCCAGGGCAGAUUGCAGAGGUCUUGAAAAAGAAGGGUCAGCACUGCAAAUAUUGACUCUUUGCAUAAACUUAAUGUAAUUGUCAAUAAAAGCCUUUGACACUUAUGGAAUGCUUGUAAUUAUACUUCAGUAUACCAUAGUAACAUCUGACAAAAAUAUCUCAUAACACUGAAGCAGCGAACUUUGUGAAGACCAAUACUUGUGUCAUUCUCAAAACUUUUGACCACGACUAUAGAUUGAUGAGGGGAAUUUUUUUUCUCAUAAACUUUACAAUAAGGCUGUAACGUAACAAAAUGUGGAAAAAGUCAAGGAGUCUGAAUACUUUCCGAAUGCACUGUACAUACGAACUGGGAGGUGACAAGAAUUGAAAGGGCCAGGCCAUCCAGUUCCAGGCAGGCUGUGGUUCCAUGUAUUGGAUGGACUUGUCACUUUUUUCAAUACAGUCGGCUCAAUUUAUGGCCUUUAUCACCCCUCAUACACACACACUCACCCUCCCUAGUACCUACCACCCUUCACAAACUCAUAUAGUAUGCCAUUGACCAGUAAUUCAUUACAGAACAUCAACCUCCCCUCAGUCCUACGGCUACCUCCUUGUCUCCUAGAGGUCACCAACAUCCCAGAGCUCACUCCCUCCUCCGUCUACUCCUCCCGCCAGCCAGUCGCAGCGGCGCAGAGACUAGAGACUAAGCAUCUCCGCGAGCGACGAGCAGAGCCGCCUCGGACGCUCUACACGCAGCGAGUAGCAGACGCCUCACGAGAAGAGUCUCGCCGCGAAGCUCUACUCCUCAUCCGCUAAUCCAUAUCCUGUCUUUCUCAUCUUCCUCUACUCCUCUCCUCCUCUUCUCUCUUCUCCUCCUCUACUGUCCUCCUCUACUCCUUUCAUCCUCUACUCCUCUACUCAUCUCAUCCUCUACUCCUCUACUCCUCUCCUCUCCAGGACCUCUAUACCAGGCGGUGUCAGAGGAAGGCCCUAAAAAUUGUCUGACUCCAGCCACCCAAGUCAUAGACUGUUCUGUCUGCUACCGCACGGCAAGCAGUACAAAUGCAUCAAGUCUGGAACCAACAGGACCCUGAACAGCUUCUAACCCCAAGCCAUAAGACUGAUAAAUAGAUAGUACGGGUAGCUAUUGGUUAACUAUCUGUAUUGACCCUUUUUGCACUCUUUUGACUCUUUUUGCACUCUUUUGACUCAUUGCAACUCUUUUGACUCAUCACAUACGCUGCUGCUACUGUCUAUCAUCUAUCCUGUUGCCUAGUCACUAUACCCCUACCUAUACAGUGGGGAGAACAAGUAUUUGAUACACUGCCGAUUUUGCAGGUUUUCCUACUUACAAAGCAUGUAGAGGUCUGUCAUUUUUAUCAUAGGUACACUUCAACUGUGAGAGACGGAAUCUAAAACAAAAAUCCAGAAAAUCACAUUGUAUGAUUUUUAAGUAAUUAAUUUGCAUUUUAUUGCAUGACAUAAGUAUUUGAUACAUCAGAAAAGCAGAACUUAAUAUUUGGUACAGAAACCUUUGUUUGCAAUUACAGAGAUCAUACGUUUCCUGUAGGUCUUGACCAGGAUUACACACACUGCAGCAGGGAUUUUGGCCCACUCCUCCAUACAGACCUUCUCCAGAUCCUUCAGGUUUCGGGGCUGUCUCUGGGCAAUACAGACUUUCAGCUCCCUCCAAAGAUGUUCUAUUGGGUUCAGGUCUGGAGACUGGCUAGGCCAUUCCAGGACCUUGAGAUGCUUCUUACGGAGUCACUCCUUAGUUGCCCUGGCUGUGUGUUUCGGGUCGUUGUCAUGCUGGAACACCCAGCCACGACCCAUCUUCAAUGCUCUUACUGAGGGAAGGAGGUUGUUGGCCAAGAUCUCGCAAUACAUGGCCCCAUCCAACCUCCCCUCAAUACGGUGCAGUCGUCCUGUCCCCUUUUCAGAAAAAAAGAAGGAAGUGUUUCCCCCCUCCAUGUUUUGGGGGUUUUUUUUGGGGGGGGGUUGGGGAUAACCCCCCCUUGGGUUUUUUUCCUUUUUUUUUAAAACAAGGGGGAAAAUGGAAAUUUUUUGACCCCAAAAAACCUUUUAUUUUUUUUGUUUUUUUAUUUAGGAAACCCCAUUACCUUCCCCAUUUUCCUCUGGGUUUAUCCAAAAUGGGGCUUGGCCCAAAAAACAAAACGGGGCCCCCUGGGAAGGGACCCGGCUUUUUAAACGGGGGGCCUUGCGGGUUGCGCUUUUUUAAGGAAAUUUUAAUCCUGGGGGAAUUUGUGUUUUAAAAAUGGGUUUUUUUUUGGGGAUUGGGGGCCCAGCUCUCCGUUUUUUUGGGGCAUUUUACCCCGGGUUCCUUUUUUUUUUGUGUAGUUUUGGGCCCCGACCCCCACCUUUUCCCCAAAAAUGGAUUGAUUUUUCCCCCCGAGGGUGGGGGGGGGAAUUUUUCAAAUAAUUGCGCCAAACAGUUGUUUGCCCUUCUCACCAAGCUGCUUGCCUAUUGUCCUGUAACCCAUCCGAGCCUUGUGCAGUCUACAAUGUUAUCCCUGAUGUCCUUACCACAGCUCUCUGGUUUGGCCAUUGUGGAGAGGUUGGAGUCUGUUUGAUUGAGUGUGUGGACAGGUGUCUUUAUACAGGUAACGAGUUCAAACAGGAUGCAGUUUAAUACAGUAAUGAGUGGAGAACAGGAGGGGUUCUUAAAGAAAAAACUAACAGGUCUGUGAGAGCCGGAAUUCUUACUGGUUGGUAGGUGAUCAAUAACUUAUGUUCAUGCAAUAAAAUGCUAAUUAAUUACUUAAAAAUCAUACAAUGUGAUUUUCUGGAUUUUUGUUUUAGAUUCCGUCUCUCACAGUUGAAGUGUACCUAUGAUAAAAAUGACAGACCUCUACAUGCUUGUUCUCCCCACUGUAUGUACAUAUCUACCUCAAUUACCUCAUACCCCUGCACAUUGACUCGGUACUGGUACCCGGUGUAUAUAGCCAAUCGUUACUCAUUGUGUAUUUAUUCCUCAUGUUAUUAUUUUUCUAUCAUUUCUAUUUUUUUCUCUCUGCAUUGUUAGGAAGGGCCUGUAAAUAAGCAUUUCACUGUUAGUCUACACCUGUUGUUUAUGAAGCAUAUGACAAAUAAAAUGCGAUUUAAUUUUAAUUGUAAAUAUGGUGUUGGCCAGGAACUGACCCUGUAUAUAGCUACUGACCCUGGAACUGAGCCUGUAUAUACAGUUGAAGUCGGAAGUUUACAUACAGUGAGGGAAAAAAGUAUUUGAUCCCCUGCUGAUUUUGUACGUUUGCCCACUGACAAAGAAAUGAUCAGUCUAUAAUUUUAAUGGUACGUUUAUUUGAACAGUGAGAGACAGAAUAACAACAACAAAAUCCAGAAAAACGCAUGACAAAAUUUUUAUAAAUUGAUUUGCAUUUUAAUGAGGGAAAUAAGUAUUUGACCCCUCUGCAAAACAUUACUUAGUACUUGGUGGCAAAACCCUUGUUGGCAAUCACAGAGGUCAGACGUUUCUUGUAGUUGGCCACCAGGUUUGCAAACAUCUCAGGAGGUUGGCCACCAGGUUUGUCCCACUCCUCUUUGCAGAUCUUCUCCAAGUCAUUAAGGUUUCGAGGCUGACGUUUGGCAACUCGAACCUUCAGCUCCCUCCGCAGAUGUUCUAUGGGAUUAAGGUCUGGAGACUGGCUAGGCCACUCCAGGACCUUAAUGUGCAUCUUCUUGAGCCACUCCUUUGUUGCCUUGGCCGUGUGUUUUGGGUCAUUGUCAUGCUGGAAUACCCAUCCACGACCCCAUUUUCAAUGCCCUGGCUGAGGGAAGGAGGUUCUCACCCAAGAUUUGACGGUACAUGGCCCCGUCCAUCGUCCCUUUGAUGCGGUGACGUUGUCCUGUCCCCUUAGCAGAAAAACACCCCCCAAAGCAUAAUGUUUCCACCUCCAUGUUUGACUGGUGGGGAUGGUGUUCUUGGGGUCAUAGGCAGCAUUCUUCCUCCUCCAAACAAGCGAGGUUGAGUUGAUGCCAAAGAGCUCAAUUUUGGUCUCAUCUGACCACAACACUUUCACCCAGUUCUCCUCUGAAUCAUUCAGAUGUUCAUUGGCAAACUUCAGACGGGCAUGUAUAUGUGCUUUCUUGAGCAGGGGGACCUUGCGGGCGCUGCAGGAUUUCAGUCCUUCACGGCAUAGUGUGUUACCAAUUGUUUCCUUGGUGACUAUGGUCCCAGCUGCCUUGAGAUCAUUGACAAGAUCCUCCCGUGUAGUUCUGGGCUGAUUCCUCACUGUUCUCAUGAUCAUUGCAAAUCCACGAGGUGAGAUCUUGCAUGGAGCCCCAGGCCGAGGGAGAUGACAGUUUAUUUUGUGUUUCUUCCCAUUUGCGAAUAAUCGCACCAACUGUUGUCACCUUCUCACCAAGCUGCUUGGCGAUGGUCUUGUAGCCCAUUCCAGCCUUGUGUAGGUCUACAAUCUUGUCCCUGACAUCCUUGGAGAGCUCUUUGGUCUUGGCCAUGGUGGAGAGUUUGGAAUCUGAUUGAUGGAUUGCUUCUGUGGACAGGUGUCUUUUAUACAGGUAACAAGCUGAGAUUAGGAGCACUCCCUUUAAGAGUGUGCUCCUAAUCUCAGCUCGUUACCUGUAUAAAAGACACCUGGGAGCCAGAAAUCUUUCUGAUUGAGAGGGGGUCAAAUACUUAUUUCCCUCAUUAAAAUGCAAAUCAAUUUAUAACAUUUUUGACAUGCGUUUUUCUGGAUUCUUUUGUUGUUAUUCUGUCUCUCACUGUUCAAAUAAACCUACCAUUAAAAUUAUAGACUGAUCAUUUCUUUGUCAGUGGGCAAACGUACAAAUCAGCAGGGGAUCAAAUACUUUUUUCCCUCACUGUACACCUUAGUCAAAUACAUUUAAACUCAGUUUUUCACUAUUCCUGACAUUUAAUCCUAGUAAAAAUUCCCUGUCUUAGGUCAGUUAGGAUCACCACUUUAUUUUAAGAAUGUGAAAUAUCAUAAUAAUAGUAGAGAGAAUGAUUUAUUUCAGCUUUUAUUUCUUUCAUCACAUUCCCAGUGGGUUAGAAGUUUACAUACACUCAAUUAGUAUUUGGUAGCAUUGCCUUUAAAUUGUUUAACUUGGGUCAAACGUGUCGGGUAGCCUUCCACAAGCUUCCCACAAUAAGUUGGGUGAAUUUUGGCCCAUUCCUCUUGACAGAGUCAGGUUUGUAGGCCUCCUUGCUCACACACGCUUUUUCAGUUCUGCCCACAAAUGUUCUAUUGGAUUGAGGUCAGGGCUUUGUGAUGGCCACUCCAAUACCUUGACUUUGUUGUCCUUAAGCCAUUUUGCCACAACUUUGGAAGUAUGCUUGGGGUCAUUGUCCAUUUGGAAGACCCAUUUGCGACCAAGCUUUAACUUCCUGACUGAUGUCUUGAGAUGUUGCUUCAAUAUAUCCACAUAAUUUUCCUUCCUCAUGAUGCCAUCUAUUUUGUGAAGUGCACCAGUCCCUCCUGCAGCAAAUCACCCCCACAGCAUGAUGCUGCCACCCCCGUGCUUCACGGUUGGGAUGGUGUUCUUCGGCUUGCAAGCUACCCCCUUUUUCCUCCAAACAUACAGUGCCUUGCAAAAGUAUUCACCCCCUUUGGCAUUUUUCCUAUUUUGUUGCAUUACAACCUGUAAUUUAAAUGGAUUUUAAUUAGCAUUUCAUGUAAUGGACAUACACUAAAUAGUCCAAAUUGGUGAAGUAAAAAAAAAAAAACUUGUUUCAAAAAAUUCUACAAAAUAAAUACCGGAAAAGUGGUGCGUGCAUAUGUAUUCACCCCCUUUGCUAUGAAGCCUCUAAACAAGAUCUGGUGCAACCAAUUAACCUUCAGAAGUAACAUAAUUUGUCAAAUAAAGUCCACCUGUGUCCCAAAACUGUUUUUUACAUGAUCUCCCGUAUAUAUUUCACCUGUUCGAAAAAGGGCCCCCGAGUCUGAAAACAACCCCCAAGGGAAGGGGAACCCCAAGCCUUCCCAAAAAAGGUCAGGGACCAAAAAAUUUGGGGGAGAAGUACAGAAAACAGGUUGGGUUUUUAAAAAAUAUCCCAAAAAUUUUUUAAAAAUCCCCGGAAGCACCCUUAAAAAAUUUUAAAGAAUAUGGCCCCCCAAAAAACGGGAAACCGGGCCAAAAGAGAGGGGCCCCCCACCCAAAAAAUCCCAGGGCCCCCGGAAAGGAGGGGGAAAUUUUAAUCAGAGGGGGCAAAAAAAAUGAGGGGCCCAAAAAUAAUCCUGAAGGAGCCGCCCCAAAACUCCACAGCGGGAAGGGGUGGAAAUAUCGCCAUUUUGGGCCCCCUUUUGCCGUUUAUUUCCCCAGAGGGUGGGCCCCUUUUCGGAAAAAAGGGGCCAGAAAAAAAAACCCCCUUUUCUUAAAUCAAAAAAAUAAGCAAAUACGUUUGGUGUUCGCCAAAAGGCAUGUGGGAGACUCCCCAAACAUAUGGAAGAAGGUGCUCUGGUCAGGUGAGACUAAAAUUGAGCUUUUUGUUCAUCAAGGAAAACGCUAUGUCUGGCACAAACCCAACACCUCUCAUCACCCCGAGAACACCAUCCCCACAGUGAAGCACUGGUCAGAAUUGAAGGAAUGAUGGAUGGCGCUAAAUACAGGGAAAUUGUUGAGGGAAACCUGUUUCAGUCUUAAAGAGAUUUGAGACUGGGACGGAGGUUCACCUUCCAGCAGGACAAUGACCCUAAGCAUACUGCUAAAGCAACACUUGAGUGGUUUAAGGGGAAACAUUUAAAAUAUAUUGGAAUGGCCUAGUCAAAGCCCAGACCUCAAUCCAAUUGAGAAUCUGUUGUAUGAUUUAAAGAUUGCUGUACACCAGCGGAACCCAUCCAACUUGAAGGAGCUGGAGCAGUUUUGCCUUGAAGAAUGGGCAGAAAUCCCAGUGGCUAGAUGUGCCAAGCUUAUAGACACAUACCCCAAGAGACUUGCAGCUGUAAUUGCUGCAAAAGGUGGCUCUACAAUGUAUUUACUUUGGGGGGGUGAAUAGGUAUGCACGCUCAAGUUCUGUUUUUAUGUCUUAUUUCUUGUUUGUUUCACACAAAAAAAACAUAUUUUGCAUCUUCAAAGUGGUAGGCAUGUUGUGUAAAUCAAAUGAUACAAACCCCCCAAAAAUCAAUUUUAAUUCCAGGUUGUAAGGCAACAAAAUAGGAAAAAUGCCAAGGGGGUUGAAUACUUUCGCAAGCCACUGUAACAAUGGUAAUUAUGGCCAAACAGUUGUAUUUUUAUUUCAUCAGACCAUAGGACAUUUCUCCAAAAAGUACUGUCUUUGUCCCCAUGUACAGUUGCAAACCGUAGUCUGUCUUUUUUAUGGCGGAUUUGGAGCAGUGGCUUCUUCGUUGCUGAGCGGCCUUUCAGGUUAUGUCGAUAUAGGACUCAUUUUACUGUGGAUAUAGAUACUUUUGUACCUGUUUCCUCCAGCAUCUUCACAAGGUCCUUUGCUGCUGUUCUGGGAUUGAUUUACACUUUUCGCACCAAAGUACAUAAAUCUCUAGGAGACAGAACGCGACUCCUUCCUGAGCGGUAUGACGGCUACGUGGUCCCAUGGUGUUUUACUUGCGUAAUAUUGUUUGUACAGAUGAACGUGGUACCUUCAGGCGUUUGGAAAUUGCUCCCAGGGAUGUACCAGACUUGUGGAGGUCUUGGCUGAUUUCUUUUGAUUUUCCCAUGAUGUCAAGCAAAGAGGCACUGAGUUUGAAGGUAGGCCUUGAAAUACAUCCACAGGUACACCUCCAAUUGACUCAAAUGAUGUCAAUUAGCCUAUCAGGAGCUUCUAAACCCAUGACAUCAUUUUCUGGAAUUUUCUAAGCUGAUUAAAGGCACAGUCAACUUAGUGUAUGUAAAUUUCUGACCCACUGGAAUUGUGAUACAGUGAAUUAUAAGUGAAAUAAUCUGUCUGUAAACAAUUGUUGGGAAAAUUACUUGUGUCAUGCACAAAGUAGAUGUCCUAACCGACUUGCCAAAACUAUAGUUUGUUAUCAAGAAAUGUGUAGAGUGGUUGAAAAACGAGUUUUAAUGACUCCAACCUAAGUGUAUGUAAACUUACUGUUAGAUUAUAAUUUUUCUGACCGUUUUAAACAAUGUAAACAACACUAAAUAAAUUGUAAGCGUACCAGAGAGUCUGUUGUAAAAAAAAAUUUUUCAAACUUUUAUUACAGCAAAGACUAAAAACAGUCUCUGUACGCCUAUGUGGAUGUUCCAUUUGGAAUCAGCCGUUUCCAGCUGCGGUAGCCAUUUGCAGCGUUGGCGGUGUCUGCACUGUAUUUCUGAUCAAUUUGAUGUUGUUUUGAUGGAUAGGGAAAUUGCUUUUCUUUUGAAGGCAGGGAGAUGUCUGGGUGACCCUAAACUUUUGAACGGUAGUGUAUAUUUAUAAAAAAUAUAUAUGGGGGAUUGGAAAUGAUGCAGACAAUUACAUUGAUAGAAGCCACAAUCUGCAAUAAUAAAGCAGAUCUACCAACUUAAAAAAAACACCAAAUUAAAUUAAAAAAUAACUAUACAAAAUAGAUUUGAGAAAUCUGCACAUUCUGUUCCUCUUGCAAACAAAAAAAAAAAGACUAAAAAGAGUCACAUUCAUUUGUGAAUGCAAUUUCCGAAAUAGAAUGGUUUAUUUAUUGUUUAAGCUAAUUAUUCAAGGCUCACUUUAUUUUAAAACUAAAAUGCUUGAUUGCAUUUCUAAUCAUGAAUGACUCGUAUGCUGUGUGAUGACAUGAAUGAAUGAACGAUUGACACAUUAGCCUAUAUAUUGAAAUAAAGGCCUAAGUACGUUAUAAUAUUAUGACUAAACAGGAUGCACUCAGGCCUACACCUCGAUGGUGGUUAUACAAGGCUGCUAUACUAAGCUUACUAAUGAUAAUGACAUUACAUAUUAUUAUUAUUAUAAUGAUGAUCAUAAUAAUAAUAAUAAUAAUAACAAUAACAAUAAGGAGAUCAAGAAAAAGGAGCGUUAUUAUUAUAAAUAUAACUUUUCGGACAAUUUGUAACACUAAAUAUAUUAUAAAUAAUACCAGAGAGGUUGUGUUGAUGAAAAAAAAAAAGUGUAAAGCCUUUAUUACAGCAAAGCAAAGAUUAGAAACAGCUGAGUUUGUGAAAUUGUUUACUUGACAUGUCGUUGCGUUAGGCUUGGUGCUCACGGAAUUGGUAGGAUAUUAAUCAAACACUCAAACAGGCAACAGAAGCAGAAUCUGUCUUAUUUCUGUAGAUAUAUAUGGAUGAUUUAUAAAGCCAGACACAUUUAACAGUUAGGUUAUUGAUUAUAGACCUAAUUAAGUUGGGGUUUCCUCUCUCCUCACUUUUCUUAGACAAUAAGGCAAGGGCUGUUUUCUCAUCUCGUCAUUCUGCUGCUGCGUCCGCGGCAUUGUUCUCAACACCAAUAUGCUGGUUAACUUUGCUAUUACGCACAUAGCAACAUGUUCUAGGAAAAGUCAUCAAUUCAACAGCGCACUGAUGUGUUUCAGAACUGCGGACAGCAACCACUAUCCAAUGCGGUAGAAAGCGAAUUUGUUAUAAAAUAAUAUACUUUUUAUUAGUGUUGCACCAUUGUUCUUAUGUAAUAUAUCAUAUACAAUUUCAGUAGCACAUGUCUUAGAGCGAUGGACUGUUCAAUCCCCACAGUCUCCACAAUCGAUCAGCCCACUCAGACACAAUGAUAUAUAUAAAUAUUUUUUUUGUUGCUACUACUCGACUAAAUAAAUAUCGGUCGACCAACAGCCUUUCGACCAAACAAUCGACCAGUCGACUAAAUGCGGUCAGCCCUAUAUUGAUUACUGCAUUGUUGGAAAUUAGUAAGUAAGAAAGGCAUUUCACUGUACUUGUGCACAUGACAAUAAAAAUGUGAAAUUUUAACUCCUCUCCUCAGAUCCAUUUACAUGAUACACAGCCUUUCAAGUGACAUCAUCAGCUUCACAUAAUGGCUUCCUCUCACCCAUCUCCCCGGCCUGUUCCUUCCUCUCGUCAAUCACUCAGGCUAAUUAAAUGAGGGUUAUUUCAAUAAAGCUACCAUCGUCUACCUUACUCCAUUAGUUCUAUUAACAGCCAGUGAUUCCUGGUUCCUCCAUGCCCCGGAGUCGUCAUCCAUCUCUCGUCUCCUCCUGGUCUCAGUAGACGAGAGGUGUCAGUUCUGCCUUUCAUGAAUCCAUGUAACCUAGUUACUGGAGCUCAGCAGGGGCGAGACAAUCAAUUAAUGAACAAAGGAGGUGGCUCACUGAGGCAGUACUGGUAGACUGAGGGACUAUUACCAAACACAGGAGCCCCUCACAGAAUAUGUUUUCACUCAUUUAAUUUUUCAUCUGAUGGAUGUAUCCUUGUUCGGUUGUUUUCCUCCCAAGGUAAAGCCAGAGGGAAGACAGAAGACCAUUACAGAAGGAGGCCGGUUUGCGUGUUAGUCUGCUACCAGUUGGGAGCCAUUGGAGGACAUUUGGCGGCCAUCUUGUUUUGGGUAGGUAAGAGCUCUGCCUCCUUAAGUACAGAUCUAGUGUCAGCUUACCCACUCCAAAGCCAAACCUUAGCCAUAGGCAGGGAAACGCAAAACUGACCUUGGAUCAGUGUCAAGAAGCUUCUUCAUCCCCAAGAGGCCCAGGGCCAGUCAUUGUCAGAAUAGAACUAAUGCAUUAUAUAUGUGGUCAGAGGUUAAGCAUCCAUACACUGCUGCUCUGACACCUAACAGCUGUGGUUUACCUUAACUUCCCUCCCACCAGCUCUCUUCCUCCCUCUUUUUUCUCUCUCAUGUCAUCCCUCUGUCCUAUUUCAGGGUUUUGCAUCAAUUUCUCUCAGCUCUCAAUCUGUCCAUUCUUCUAGCCUGUCUCUUUUUGCAUCAUCUCUCUCCAUCCUAUGCUCUAACUCUCCCUCCCUUUUGCUCUCUCUCUCUCAAUUCAAUUUCAAUUUCAAUGUAAAGGCUUUAUUGGCAUGGGAAACGUAUGUUAACAUUGCCAAGGCAAGUGAAGUAGAUAGUAAACAAAAGUGAAAUAAACAAUAAAAAAUGUACAGUAAACAUUACACUCAGAAGUUCCAAAAGAAUAAAGACAUUUCAAAUGUCAUAUUAUAUAUAUAUAUAUAUAUACAGUGUUGUAACAAUGUGCAAAUAGUUAAAGUACAAAUGGGAAAAUAAAUACACAUAAAUAUGGGUUGUAUUUACAAUGGUGUUUGUUCUUCACUGGUUGCCCUUUUCUUGUGGCAACAGGUCACAAAUCUUGCUACUGUGAUGGCACACUGUGGUUUUUCACCCAGUAGAUAAGGGAGUUUAUCAAAAUUGGGUUUGUUUUCGAAUUCUUUGUGGAUCUGUGUAAUCUGAGGGAAAUAUGUGUCUCUAAUAUGGUCAUACAUUUGGCAGGAGGUUAGGAAGUGCAGCUCAGUUUCCACCUCACUUUGUGGGGCGGUGUGCACAUAGCCUGUCUUCUCUUGAAAGCCAGGUCUGCCUAUGGCGGCCUUUCUCAAUAGCAAGGCUAUGCUCACUGAGUCUGUACAUAGUCAAAGCUUUCCUUAAGUUUUGGUCAGUCACAGUGGUCAGGUAUUCUGCCACUGUGUACUCUCUGUUUAGGGCCAAAUAGCAUUCUAGUUUGCUCAGUCUUUUUGUUAAUUAUUUCCAAUGUGUCAAGUAAUUCUCUUUUUGUUUUCUCAUGAUUUGGUUGGAUCUAAUUGUGUUGUUGUGUUGUCCUGGGGCUCUGUGGGGUCUGUUUGUGUUGGUGAACAGAGCCCCAGGACCAGCUUACUUAGGGGACUCUACUCCAAGUUCAUCUCUCUGUAGGUGAUGGCUUUGUAAUGGAAGGUUUGGGAAUCACUUCCUUUUAAGUGGUUAUAGAAUUUAACACCUCUUUUCUGGAUUUUGAUAAUUAGCGGGUAUCAGCCUAAUUCUGCUCUGCAUGCAUUAUUUGGUGUUUUUCGUUGUACACUGAGGAUAUUUUUGCCGAAUUCUGCAUGCAGAGUCUCAAUUUGGUGUCUGUCCCAUUUUGUGAAUUAUUGGUUGGUGUGCGGACCCCAGACCUCACAACCAUAAAGGGCAAUGGGUUCUAUAACUGAUUCAAGUAUUUUUAGCCAGAUCCUAAUUGGUAUGUCGAAUUUUAUGUUCCUUUUGAUGGCAUAGAAGGCCCUUCUUGCCUUGUCUCUCAGAUCGUUCACAGCUUUGUGGAAGUUACCUGUGGCGCUGAUGUUUAGGUCAAGGUAUGUAUAGUUUUUUGUGUGCUCUAGGGCAACGGUGUCUAGAUGGAAAUUGUAUUUUUUUUUUGUUUUUUUUUGUUAGGGGGUAGAUCAGCUUUAAUAUUGCAGAUAGAUUGUAACUUCCAUUAAUGUAAUUGUCUGAAUCACUUCCAAUCCCCCAUAUGUUUUUUUUUCUUCUCGCAAAUAUAUAUAAAUAUACACACAUACAUACAUACAUACAUACAUACAUACAUACAUACAUACAUACAUACAUACAUACAUACAUACAUACAUUCAUAUAUAUAUAUAUAUAUAUACAGUGCUAUGAAAAAGUAUUUGACCCCUUUCUAAUUUUCUCUACUUUUGCAUAUUUGUGAUACUGAAUGUUAUUAGAUCUUCAACCAAAACCUAAUAUUAGAUAAAGGGAACAUAAGUGAACAAAUAACACAACAAUUACAUAUUUAUAUCAUUUAUUUUAUAAACAAAGUUAUGCAACACCCAAUUCCCCUGUGUGAAAAAGUAAUUGCCCCCUUACACUCAAUAACUGGUUGUGCCACCUUUAGCUGCAAUGACUCCAACCAAAUGCUUCCUGUAGUUGUUGAUCAGUCUCUCACGUCGCUGUGGAGGAAUUUUGGCCCACUCUUCCAUGCAGAACUGCUUUAACGCAGUGAUGUGUGGGUUUUCAAGCAUGAACUGCUCGUUUCAAGUCCUGCCACAACAUCGCAAUUGGGACCAAUAAAAUGCAAAUUAAUUACUUAAAAAUCAUACAAUGUGAUUUUCUGGAUUUUUGUUUUAGAUUCCGUCUCUAACAGUUGAAGUGUACCUAUGAUAAGAAUUACAGACCUCUAAAUGCUUUGUAAGUAGGAAAACCUGCAAAAUCGGCAGUGUAUCAAAUACUUGUUCUCCACACUGUAUAUACAAACAUAUAUACACAUACGUAUACAUUUCCUUUUAUAUAUAUAUAUAUUUCCCUUUAUUACUUUCCAACCCCACCACCCCUUCCCUAAUUGGAGUAAACUAGUGAACAACAAUGCCUAGGCCUCUACUUCCAUCUUAUACAAACUACAGUGGGGAAAAAAAGUAUUUAGUCAGCCACCAAUUGUGCAAGUUCUCCCACUUAAAAAGAUGAGAGAGUCCUGUAAUUUUCAUCAUAGGUACACGUCAACUAUGACAGACAAAAUGAGGAAAAAAAAUCCAGAAAAUCACAUUGUAGGAUUUUUAAUGAAUUUAUUUGCAAAUUAUGGUGGAAAAUAAGUAUUUGGUCAAUAACAAAAGUUUCUCAAUACUUUGUUAUAUACGCUUUGUUGGCAAUGACACAGGUCAAACGUUUUCUGUAAGUCUUCACAAGGUUUUCACACACUGUUGCUGGUAUUUUGGCCCAUUCCUCCAUGCUCUCAUCCUCUAGAGCAGUGAUGUUUUGGGGCUGUCGCUGGGCAACACAGACUUUCAACUCCCUCCAAAGAUUUUCUAUGGUGUUGAGAUCUGGAGACUGGCUAGGCCACUCCAGGACCUUGAAAUGCUUCUUACGACGCCACUCCUUCGUUGCCCGGGCGGUGUGUUUGGGAUCAUUGUCAUGCUGAAAGACCCAGCCACGUUUCAUCUUCAAUGCCCUUGCUGAUGGAAGGAGGUUUUCACUCAAAAUCUCACGAUACAUGGCCCCAUUCAUUCUUUCCUUUACACGGAUCAGUCGUCCUGGUCCCUUUGCAGAAAAACAGCCCCAAAGCAUGAUGUUUUCCACCCCCCAUGCUUCACAGUAGGUAUGGUGUUCUUUGGAUGCAACUCAGCAUUCUUUGUCCUCCAAACACGACGAGUUGAGUUUUUACCAAAAAGUUCUAUUUUGGUUUCAUCUGACCAUAUGACAUUCUCCCAAUCCUCUUCUGGAUCAUCCAAAUGCACUCUAGCAAACUUCAGACGGGCCUGGACAUGUACUGGCUUAAGCAGGGGGACACGUCUUGCACUGCAGGAUUUGAGUCCCUGGCGGCGUAGUGUGUUACUGAUGGUAGGCUUUGUUACUUUGGUCCCAGCUCUCUGCAGGUCAUUCACUAGGUCCCCCGUGUGGUUCUGGGAUUUUUGCUCACCGUUAUUGUGAUCAUUUUGACCCCACAGGGUGAGAUCUUGCGUGGAGCCCCAAAUCGAGGGAGAUUAUCAGUGGUCUUUUAUGUCUUCCAUUUCCUAAUAAUUGCUCCCACAGUUGAUUUCUUCAAACCAAGCUGCUUACCUAUUGCAGAUUCAGUCUUCCCAGCCUGGUGCAGGUCUACAAUUUUGUUUCUGGUGUCCUUUGACAGCUCUUUGGUCUUGGCCAUAGUGGAGUUUGGAGUGUGACUGUUUGAAGUUGUGGACAGGUGUCUUUUAUACUGAUAACAAGUUCAAACAGGUGCCAUUAAUACAGGUAACGAGUGGAGGACAGAGGAGCCUCUUAAAGAAGAAGUUACAGGUCUGUGAGAGCCAGAAAUCUUGCUUGUUUGUAGGUGACCAAAUACUUAUUUUCCACCAUAAUUUGCAAAUAAAUUCAUAAAAAAUCCUACAAUGUGAUUUUCUGGAUUUUUUUUUCUCAAUUUGUCUGUCAUAGUUGACGUGUACCUAUGAUGAAAAUUACAGGCCUCUCUCAUCUUUUUAAGUGGGAGAACUUGCACAAUUGGUGGCUGACUAAAUACUUUUUUUCCCCACUGUAUAUCCAUUUUAUGGACACAGUCAAUUUUACAAUAAUUCUAUUUUGUUUGUUUUUACUCCUGAACUUCCUCAACCUCUCUGAUCAUUUUCAUGAUGUCCAUCCUGUUUGCUUCUAUAUGCCAUAUCUUUCUAACUGUGCUCUUUCACAAAAGCUCUCAACCUAUAACCUAUAUACUUAUUAUGGACACAGUAUGCUUACAUUAUUAGUUGAUCUUGUUGUUGUUAGUUGUUAUUAGUCCCAUCCUUCAACUCCAUUCAGCACCACCCAUUUAUCGCUUAACACCAUCCAUAUUGGAUUUCUAUUUGCCAUAUAUUUCUCGACUGUACUGUGGUGUUUUACAAAAGUUCUGAACCUUUCUAUUCUCAUUGUUUCUACAGAUUGUAAAUUGAAAAUAAACAUUUUUGCUAAAAGUAUUAUUAUAUUAUUGAUCGAUUGACUAUGACUUUUCAGAUCACCCAGUAAUGCUAUCUGCAGGGUUAGCUCCAGGUAAAUAUUGCAAUCUUUUAGCCAUUCCUGGACCUGUGUCCAAAAACAAGCUAUAAAUGGACAGUACCAAAACAAAUGAUCUAAUGAUUCUGUCUCUUCGCAGCAAAAUCUGCAGAGCUGGGAAGAUUGUAUCCCCCAUAUAAAUAACAUUCUAUUGGUAGCAAGAAUUUUAUAUAAUAAUUAAAAAAAUUAUACGUUUUGAAUCCGGCGUUGUUUUACGUAUCAGUUCAUAAACACUAUGCCAUGGGAUCGGUACGUCAAAAAUGUCUUCCCAACUAUUUUGCUAUCUAUAUGGGACGGCUGUCAAUCCUUUGGUCCUUAAAUGAAACUGCUAUACUUUGUUAUUUAUCACAGUUUUCUUUAACCAAUUAUGGUCUUUAAUGCAGGGCCGACAGACAAGUUCCUUACAUUUUCCCCCUUCCACUUUCCUCUUACAUAUUUGCGGUAAUGCUGCAAUUAUUUGGUUGUAAUUUUGGGUAGAGCAGACAUUUCCAUAUGUUUUUGUUAGCUGAAUGUGCGACAUAACUCCACCAGUCCUACCGAUGAUAUCAUUUAUGAAGAGUAUACCUUUUUUAAACAUUAUCAAUUAGUAUAUUUGAGUUUAACCACAAUAUUUGUUGCAUUAUUUGUUCUGGCGUUUCUGGCGGAUUAAAUUGAAAUUGCAACCAACCUUCUAUGUCUUGUUUUAGAAAUAGUGAUAUUUGGGAGAUUAUUUCCUUUUCAAGUACUUCAAAGUGAGAGGUUAUAAUCUGAAUAAAGGGAAAAAGGCCAUUCUUGAACAUUGGGUGAGACAAUCUUACUAAUUUGCUAGAUAACCAGUUCAGAUUUAAGUAUAACUUUUGUAUGACUGAAGCUUUUAGUGAUAUGUCUAAUGCUUUAAUAUUUAAUCAUUUCUGUCCUCCGAAUUCAUAUUCAUUAUAUCUCCUGAGUGGCGCAGUGGUCUAAGGCACUGUAUCGCAGUGCUAGCUGUGCCACUAGAGAUCCUGGUUCGAAACCGGGAGACCCAUGGGGCGGCGCACAAUUGGCCCAGCGUCGUCUAGGGUAGGGGAGGGAAUGGCCGGCAGGGGGUGUAGCUCAGUUGGUAGAGCAUGGCGUUUGCAACGCCAAGGUUGUGGGUUCAAUUCCCACGGGGGGUAUGAAAAAGAAUUGAAAAAAAAUUAUGUAUGCACUCACUAACUGUAAGUCGCUCUGGAUAAGAGCGUCUGCUAAAUGACUAAAAAAAAAAUAGGCCCGUUUAAUUUUGUCUGGCUUGCCGUUCCAAAUAAAAUUGAAUAUUUUUUUCUCAUAUAAUUUAAAAAACUGUUCGCUAGGCGUAGGCAAGACCAUAAGCAAAUAGGUAAACUGGGAUAAUACUAAAGAGUUAAUUAGGGUGAUUUUUCCACAAAUUAACAGGUAUUUACCUUUCCAUGGUAGCAAGAUCUUAUCUAUUUUUGCUAACUUUCUAUUAAAAUGUAUUGGAGUGAGAUCAUUUAUUUUAUUUGGGAUAUGUAUUCCGAGUAUAUCCACAUCACCAUCCGACCAUUUUAUUCGUAAAUUACCUGGUAAUGUAAAUUUUUUAUUUUUAGUGAUCCAAUACGUAAUAUAGUACAUUUAUCAUAAUUUCGUUGUAAUCCAGAGAGGUUAGAAAAUGUAUCUAGAUCCUCCAUGAGGCUGUGGAGGGAUUCAAGUUGUGGAUUUAAAAGAAAACAUGAAUCAUCAGCGUACAAUGACACCUUUGUUUUUAAGCCCUGGAUUUCUAAUUCUUUGAUAUUAUUGUUGGAUCUGAUUUUAAUAGCUAACAUCUCGAUGGCCAUAAUAAAUAGAUAUGCCGAUAGUGGAAAACCUUGUUUCACUCCUCUUGACAGUUUAAAACUUUCUGAGAAAUAGCCAUUAUUUACUAUUUUACACCUAGGGUUACUAUACAUGAUUUUAACCCAUUUUAUAAGAGAUUCUCCAAUUUGUAUUUGUGGUCCUGGCAACUGGACCUUUUUUGGAACAACAUUAUUUUUGUCUUACUGAGAUUUACUGUCAGGGCCUAAGAUCUAGGUGCUGCUGUAUGCCCUCCUUGGUUGGUGGCAGAAGCACCAGAUCAUCAGCAAACAGUAGACAUUUGACUUCAGAUUCUAGUAGGGUGAGGCCGGGUGCUGCAGACUGUUCCUAGUGCCCUCGCUAAUUCGUUGAUAUAUAUGUUGAAGAGGGUGGGGCUUAAACUGCAUCCCUGUCUCACCCCACGGCCCUGUGGAAAGAAACUUGUGUUUUUUGCCAAUUUUAACUGCACACUUGUUGUUUGUGUACAUGGAUUUUAUAAUGUCGUAUUUUUUCCCCCAACACCACUUUCCAUCAAUUUGUAUAGCAGACCCUCAUGUCAAAUUGAGUCAAAAGCUUCUUUGAAAUCUACAAAGCAUGAGAUGCCUUUGUUUUGGUUUGUUUGUUUGUCAAUUAGGGUGUGCAGGGUGAAUACGUGGUCUGUCGUACGGUAAUUUGGUAAAAAGCCAAUUUGACAUUUGCUCAGUACAUUGUUUUCACUGAGGAAAUAAACUAUUCUGCUGUUAAUGAUAAUGCAGAGGAUUUUCCCAAGGUUGCUGUUGACGCAUAUCCCACGGUAGUUAUUGGGGUCAAAUUUGUCUCCACUUUUGUGGAUUGGGGUGAUCAGUCCUUGGUUCCUAAUAUUGGGGAAGAUGCCAGAGCUAAGGAUGAUGUUAAAGAGUUUAAGUAUAGCCAAUUGGAAUUUGUGGUCUGUAUAUUUUAUCAUUUCGUUGAGGAUACCAUCAACACCACAGGCCUUUUUGGGUGAGGGUUUGUAUUUUGUCCUGUAGUUCAUUCAAUGUAAUUGGAGAAUCCAGUGGGUUCUGGUAGUUUUUAAUAGUUGAUUCUAAGAUUUGCAUUUGAUCAUGUAAUUUGUUUUGCUGUUUGUUCUUUGUUAUAUGGCCAAACAUAUUGGAGAAGUGGUUUACCCAUACAUCUCCGUUUUGGAUAGGUAGCUCUUCAUGUUGUUGUUUGUUUAGUGUUUUCCAAUUUUCCCAGAAGGGGUUAGAGUCUAUGGAUUCUUCAAUUACAUUGAGCUGAUUUCUGAUGCCGUUCCUUCUUUUUCCGUAGUGUAUUUCUGUAUUGUUUUAGUGAUUCAUCAUAGUGAAGGCUCAGGUUUUCUGGGUCUCUAUGUUUUUGGUUGGAUGGGUUUCUCAAUUUCUUUCUUAGGUUUUUGCAUUCUUCAUCAAACCAUUUGUCACUGUUGUUACUUUUCUUCUGUUUUCUGUUAGAGAUUUUUAGAUUUGAUAGGGAAUCUGAGAGGUCAAAUAUACUGUUUAGGUUUUCUACUGCCAAGUUUACACUUUCACUAUUACGGUGGAACAUUUUGUCCAGGAAGUUGUCUAAAAGGGAUUGAAUUUGUUGUUGCCUAGUAGUUUUUUGGUAGGUUUCGACACUACUUUCCUUGCAUUUCUUAAUAUUAUUCAGUUCCUUUGGCUUUGAUGCCUCAUGAUUGAGUAUUGCUCUGAUCAAGUAGACUGUGAUUUUCCUGGGGUCUGAUAGGGGUGUCAGUGGGCUGACUGUGAACGCUCUGAGAGACUGUGGGUUGAGGUCAGUGAUAAAGUAGUCUACAGUACUACUGCCAAGAGAUUAGCUAUAGGUGUAGCUACCAUAGGAGUCCCAUCGAAGCCUACCAUUGACUAUGUACAGUGGGGAGAACAAGUAUUUGAUACACUGCCGAUUUUGCAGGUUUUCCUACUUACAAAGCAUGUAGAGGUCUGUAAUUUUUUAUCAUAGGUACACUUCAACUGUGAGAGACGGAAUCUAAAACAAAAAUCCAGAAAAUCACAUUGUUUGAUUUUUAAGUAAUUAAUUUGCAUUUUAUUGCAUGACAUAAGCAUUUGAUACAUCAGAAAAGCAGAACUUAAUAUUUGGUACAGAAACCUUUGUUCGCAAUUACAGAGAUCAUACGUUUCCUGUAGGUCUUGACCAGGUUUGCACACACUGCAGCAGGGAUUUUGGCCCACUCCUCCAUACAGACCUUCUCCAGAUCCUUCAGGUUUUGGGGCUGUCUCUGGGCAAUACGGACUUUCAGCUCCCUCCAUAGAUUUUCUAUUGGGUUCAGGUCUGGAGACUGGCUAGGCCACUCCAGGACCUUGAGAUGCUUCUUACGGAGCCACUCCUUAGUUGCCCUGGCUGUGUGUUUUGGGUCGUUGUCAUGCUGGAAGACCCAGCCACGACCCAUCUUCAAUGCUCUUACUGAGGUAAGGAGGUUGUUGGCCAAGAUCUCGUGAUACAUGGCCCCAUCCAUCCUCCCCUCAAUACUGUGCAGUCGUCCUGUCCCCUUUGCAGAAAAGCAUCCCCAAAGAAUGAUGUUUCCACCUCCAUGCUUCACGGUUGGGAUGGUGUUCUUGGGGUUGUACUCAUCCUUCUUCUUCCUCCAAACACGGCGAGUGGAGUUUAGACCAAAAAGCUCUAUUUUUGUCUCAUCAGACCACAUGACCUUCUCCCAUUCCUCCUCUGGAUCAUCCAGAUGGUCAUUGGCAAACUUCAGAUGGGCCUGGACAUGCGCUGGCUUGAGCAGGGGGACCUUGCGUGCGCUGCAGGAUUUUAAUCCAUGACGGCGUAGUGUGUUACUAAAGGUUUUCUUUGAGACUGUGGUCCCAGCUCUCUUCAGGUCAUUGACCAGAUCCUGCCGUGUAGUUCUGGGCUGAUCCCUCACCUUCCUCAUGAUCAUUGAUGCCCCACGAGGUGAGAUCUUGCAUGGAGCCCCAGACCGAGGGUGAUUGACCGUCAUCUUGAACUUCUUCAAUUUUCUAAUAAUUGCGCCAACAGUUGUUGCCUUCUCACCAAGCUGCUUGCCUAUUGUCCUGUAGCCCAUCCCAGCCUUGUGCAGGUCUACAAUUUUAUCCCUGAUGUCCUUACACAGCUCUCUGGUCUUGGCCAUUGUGGAGAGGUUGGAGUCUGUUUGAUUGAGUGUGUGGACAGGUGUCUUUUAUACAGGUAACGAGUUCAAACAGGUGCAGUUAUUACAGGUAAUGAGUGGAGAACAGGAGGGCUUCUUAAAGAAAAACUAACAGGUCUUUGAGAGCCGGAAUUCUUACUGGUUGGUAGGUGAUCAAAUACUUAUGUCAUGUAAUAAAAUGCAAAUUAAUUACUUAAAAAUCAUACAAUGUGAUUUUCUGGAUUUUAGAUUCCGUCUCUCACAGUUGAAGUGUACCUAUGAUAAAAAUUACAGACCUCUACAUGCUUUGUAAGUAGGAAAACCUGCAAAAUCGGCAGUGUUUCAAAUACUUGUUCUCCCCCUUUUUUUAAAUUUUUUAAUUUGGGGGGGAAAAUUUUUUUUUGGGGUUUUUUUUUUUGGGGGUUUUUUGGGGCUUUUAAAAAAAAGGGGAGGGAAAUUUUAAAGAAAACUAGGGGGGGGGGCCCUGGUUGGGGGGGAAAAAAACCCCCCCCCCAAAAAAAAGGGGGUUUUUUAAAAAAAUUUUUUUAAAAAAAAAAAAAAGGUUUUUUUCCCCCCUUAAGGUUCCAAAAAAAAAAAAGGGGGGGGGGGGGUUUGUGGGGGGAAAAAGGGGGGGGGGGAAAAAAUUUUUUUAAAAGGGGAAAAGGGGGGGGGAAAGGGGAAAAAAAGGGGGUUUUUUUUUUUUUUUCCCCCCCUUUUUUUUUUGGGGAAAAAAAAAAAGGGGGGGGAAAAAAAGGGGGGGGGGCCCCGGGGGGGGGGGGGGGGUUUUGGGGGGGGGGGGGUUUUUUUUAAAAAAAAAAAUUUAAAAAAAAGGGGGGGGUUUUUUAAAAAGGGGGGGGGGGGUUUUAAAAAAAAGGGGUUUUUUUGGGGGGGGCCCCCCCAACCCCCCAAAAAAAAAAUUUUUUUAAAAAAAAAACCCCCGGGUUUUAAAAAAAACCCCCCCCCCCCCUUUUUUUUUUUUUAAAAAAAAUUUUAAAAAGGGGGGCCCCCCGGGGUUUGGCCCCCCCAAAAACCCCAAAAGGGGUUUUUUUUUUCCCCCUUUAAAAAAUUUUUUUUUCCCCCCGGGGGGUUUUUUUUGGGGGGGGGUUUUUUUUAAAUUUUUUUUUUUCUUUUUUUUUUCCCUUUUUUUUUGGGGGGGGGGCCUUUUUUUAAAAAAAAAAAAAUUUUUUUUUUUUUUUUUUUUUUUCCCCUUUUUUUUAAAAAUUUUUUUUUUAAAAAAAAAAUUUUUUUAAAAUUUUUGGGGGGGAAAUUUUGGGGGGGGGGAAAGGGGGGGGGGGGGGUUUUGGGGAAAGGGGGGUUUUUCCCUUUUUUAAAAAAAAAAAAGAAAAAAAAGAAAAAAAGGGGGAAAAGGGGGGGGGAAAAAAAAAGGGGGGGGGGAAAAAAAAGGGGGAAGAAAAAGGGGGGAAAAUUUUUAAAAAGGGGGGGGUUUUGGGGGGGGGGGGGGGGGGGGGGGCGGGGGGGGGGAAAAAAAAGGGGGGGAAGGGGGGAAAAGGGGGGGUUUUUUUUGGGGGCCGGGAUUUUUUUGGGGGGGGUUUUUGUGUUUUUUUUUUUUUUUUAAAAAAAAGGGGGGGGUUUUUGGGGGGGUGGGGGGGGAAAAAAACCCCCCAAAAGGGGGGGGGGGAAAAAAAAAAAAAAAAAAAAAAAAGGGGGGGGGGGAAAGGGGGGAAAAAAAUUGGGGGGCCCCCGGGGGUUUUCCCUUUUUUCCCUUUUUUUUUUUUUUUUUGGGGGGGGGGCCCCCCGGGGGGGGGGGGGGAAAAGGGGGGGGGGAAAAGGGGGGGGAAAACCGGGGGGGGGGGGGGAAAAAAAAGGGAGGGGGGAAGAAAAGGGGAAAAGGGGGGGGGGGGGAAAAAAGGGGGGGGGGGAAAAGGGGGGGGGGGGGGGGUUUGGGGGGGCCCCCGGGGGGGGAAAAAGGGGCGAAGGGGGGGGGGGGGGGGGCCCGGAAAGGGGGAUGGGGGGAGGGGAAGGGAAAAAAAAAAAGGGAGAGAAAAAAAAAAAAAAAAAGGGGGGGGGGGAAGGGGGGGGGGAACCUUGGGGGGGGGGGGCGGGGGGGAAAAAGGGAGAGGGGAAGGGGGGGGGGGGGGGGGGAAAAAAAGGGGGGGGGGGGGGGGGGGGGUUUUUUUUUUUUUUUCCCUUUUUCCCCGGCCCCUUUUUCCCCCCCUUUUCUUUUUUCCCUUUUUUUUUUCCCCCUUUUCCCUUUUUUUUUUUUUUCUUUUUUUUUUUUUUUAUCCCCUCCCCCCUUUUCCCUUUUUUUUUUUUUUUUUAUCUCUUUUUUUUUUUUUUGGGGGUUUUUUUUGGGGGGGGGGGGGGGGGGGGGAAAAAACCCCUUUUUUUUUUCCCCCCCUCUCUUCCCCCUUCUAUUCUUUUUUUCCCCCUCUUUCUUUUUUUUUUUUGGGUUUUUUUUGGGGGGGGGCAAAGGGGGCCCCCCCGGGGGGGGGGGGGGGGGAAAAAAAAAGGGGGGGGAAAAAGGGGAGAGGGGGGAAGGGGGGAGGGGGCCCCCGGGGGGGGGGGGAAACCGGGGGGGGGGGAAAAGGAGGGGGGGGGGGAGGGGAAAAAAGGGGGGGAAAAAACCCCCCAAAGGGGGGGGGGGGUUUUUAAAAUUUUUUUUUUUUUUUUUUUCUCUCUCUUCUCUCUCUUUUUUUUCCCCCCUCUCUCCCCCCCCCUUUUUGGGGGGGUUUUUAAAAAAACCCACAGGGGUGGAAAAAAAAUUUUUUUUCCCCAAAAAAAUUUUUAAAAAAGGGGGGGAAACCGGGGCCAAAGGGCAUCUUCCUCCCCCCCUGAAUGCCCCCCAAAAAUUUUUAAUUGGGGGUUUUUUUAAAAAAAGGGGGUUUUUUUCCCCUUUUUUUAAAAAAAUUAAAUUUUUGGGGGGGGAAAAAAGGGGGUUUUUUUGGGGGGGGCUUUUCCCCCUUUUUUUUUUUUUUUUUUUUAGCAGACCUUUUGGCAUCAGACCCGGCAUAUAUGAUUUUUGGGGGUUUUAUUUGGGGGGUUUUUAAAAAAAAAAAAUUUUUUAAAAAAAAAAAAAAAUUUUUUACAUAUUAAACCUUGGAAAAUUUCCCCCCGGGUUUUUAAAAAAUUUUUACGUUAAAUUUUUAAAAAAAAUUUUUUUUUCCCUUUAAACCCCACAAAACCCAAAAAAAGCAAAAAAAUUUUUUUAAAAAAAAACAAAUAUAUAAAUAAAAAAAUUAAAAAAAAUUAAAAAAAAAAACCCCCCCCCGGGGAAAAGGUUUUUUUUAAAGCCCCCCAAUUUUUUUGGGUUUUUUUUUUUUUUAAAAAAUGGGGGGAGGUUUUUUGGGGGGGGGGGGUUUUAGGCCCUUUUUCCCCCCAAUUUUUCCCCCCCCCCUUUUGGGUUCGGGGCCCCAAGGCCCCCUUUUGGGGUUUUUUUUUUCUUUGGCGGGGGGUUUUUUUGGGGGUUUUUUUGGGGGGCCCCCCCGGGGAAAAUUUUUUUUUUUAAAAAAUUUUUUUUUCCCCCCCUUUUCCCCCCUUUUUUCCCCCCUUCCCCCCAAAAAGGGGCCCCCUUUUGGGGGGGGGGGGAAAUUUUUGGGGAAAAAAAAAAAAGGGGGUCAUUUUUUUUCCCCGGGAAAAACCCCCCCUUUUUUGGGGGGGCCCGGGGGGGUUUUUUUUCCCCCCCGGGGGGGGGGGGUUUUUUUAAAAUUUUCCCCGGGAAAAUUUUUUUUUGGGGGGGGUUUUUUUCCCCCCCGGGGGGGGGGAAGGGGGCCCUUUUUGGGGCCCCCCCCAAAAAAUUUUGGGGGGGUUUUUUUGGGGGGGGGAACCUUUUUUUUUGGGGGCCAAAAUUUUAUUUAAAAUUUUUUAAACCCCCCUUUUUUUGGGCCCCCGGGGCCCCUUUUCAAUUUUUUUUUUUCCCUAUCAAUCUACACACAAUACUCCAUAAUGACAAAGCAAAAACAGGUUUUUAAAAAUGUUAGCAAAUAUAUAAAUAAAUAAAAUACGGAAAUAUUAAAUGUACAUAAGUAUUCAGACCCUUUAUUCAGUGCUUUGUUGAAGCACCUUUGGCAGCGAUUACAGCCUCGUCUUCUUGGGUAUAACGCUACAAGCUAGUCACACCUGUAUUUGGGUAGUUUCUCCAUUCUUCUCUGCAGAUGCUCUCAAGCUCUGUCAGGUUGGAUGGGGAGUGUUGCUGCACAGCUAUUUUCAGGUCUCUCCAGAGUUGUUAGAUCGGGUUCAAGUCCGGGCUCUGGCUGGGCCACUCAAGGACAUUCAGAGACUUGUCCCGAAGCCACUCAUGCAUUGUCUUGGCUGUUUACUUAGGGUCGUUGUCCUGUCGGAUGAUGAACCGUCGCCCCAGUUUGAGGUCCUGAGCGCUCUGGAGCAGGUUUUCAUCAAGGAUCUCUCUGUACUUUGCUCUAUUAAUCUUUCCCUCUAUUAAUCUUUCCCUCCCUGUCCCCCACAGCAUGAUGCUGCCACCACCAUGCUUCACUGUAGGGAUGGUGCCAGGUUUCCUGCAGACGUGACGCUUGGCAUUCAGGCCAGAGAGUUCAUUCUUGGUUUCAUCAGACCAGAGAAUCUUGUUUCUCAUGGUCAGUCCUUUAGGUGCCUUUUGGCAAACUCCAAGCGGGCUGUCAUGUGCCUUUUACUGAGGAGUGGUGUCCUUCUGGCCACUCUACCAUAAAGGCCUGAUUGGUGGAGUGCUGCAGAGAUAGUUGUCCUUCUGGAAGGUUCUCCCAUCUCCACAGAGGAACUUUGGAGCUCUGUCAGAGUGACCAUCAGGUUCUUGGUCACCUCCCUGACCAAGGCCCUUCUCCCACGAUUGCUCAGUUUGGCCAGGCGGCCAGCUCUAGGAAGCGUCUUGGUGGUUCCAAACUCCUUCCAUUUAAGAAUGAUGGAGGCCACUGUGUUCUUGGGGACCAUCAAUGCUGCAUACAUUUUUUGGGAACCUUCCCCAGAUCUGUGCCUCGACACAAUCCUGUCUCGGAGCUCUACUGACAAUUCCUUCGACCUCAUGGCUUGGUUUUUGCUCUGACAUACACUGUCAAUUGUGGGACCUUAUAUAGACAGGUGUGUGCCUUUCCAAAUCAUGUCCAAACAAUUGAAUUUACCACAGGUGGACUCCAAGUUGUAUAAACAUCUCAAGGAUGAUCAAUGGAAACAGGAUGCACCUGAGCUCAAUUUCGAGUCUCAUAGCAAAGGGUCUGAAUACUUAUGUAAAUAAGGUAUUUCAGUUUUUUGUUUUUAAUACAUUUUCAAAAAUGUCUAAAAGCCUGUUUUCACUUCUUCAUUAAGGGGUCGUGUGUAGAUUGAUGAGGUAAUUGUUUUAUUGAAUCCAUUUUAGAAUACAUUUGUAACGUAACAAAAUGUGGAAAAAGGGAAGGUGUCCAAAUACUUUCCGAAUUCACUGUGGUUGUGUGUGUGUAUAUAUAUAUAUAUAUAUAUAUAUAUAUAUAUAUAUAUAUAAUAUAUUUAUUACUUUUUUUGACAAUAAACAAAAAAACAUACAUAGACCAAAACAGCAGACAAUUUAACAUUUAUAUCCACUGAGUAUACAUCCCAUUAUGCCCUUUCCAUGACAUUGACUGACCAGGUGAAUCCAGGUGAAAGCUAUGAUUCCUUAUUGAUGUCAAUUGUUAAAUCUACUUAAAUCAGUGUAGAUUAAGGGGAGAAGACAGGUUAAAGAAGGACUUUUAAGCCUUGAGACAAUUGAGACGUGUGUGUGUGCCAUUCAGAGGUUGAAUGGGCAAGACAAAAGAUUUAAGUGCCUUUGAACGGGGUAUGGCAGUAGAUGCUUGGCCACUGGUUUGAGUGUGUCAAGAACUGCAAUGCUGCUGGGUUUUUCACACUCAACAGUUUCCUGUGUGUAUCAAGAAUGGUCCACGGCCCAAAGGACAUCCAGCCAAUUUGACACAACUGUGGGAAGCAUUGGAGUCAACAUGGGCCAGCAUCCCUUUGGAACGCUUUCGACCCUUGUAGAGUCCAUGCCCCAACGAAAUAAGGCUGUUCUGAGGGGGGAGGUUUCAACUCAAUAUUAGGAAGGUAUUCCUGGGCCUCCCGAGUGGCGCAGCGGUGUAAGGCACUGCAUCACAGUGCUAGAGGUGUCACUACAGACCCGGGUUCAAUCCCGGGCUGUAUCACAACAAAACAUUUGUUGCUACUAGAAACAAUAAGGAAGGUGUUCCUAAUGUUUUGUACACUAAAUACCAUUCAUUUUUUAUAGAUCCGCUUUAAUAUUGUAGAUAGAUUGUGGCUUCCGUCAAUUUAUUUAUUUAUUUUUAUUUUACCUUUAUUUAACUAGGCAAGUCAGUUAAGAACAAAUUCUUAUUUACAAUGACGGCCUACACCGACCAAACCCAGACGACGCUGGGCCAAUUGUGCACCGCCCUAUGGGACUCCCAAUCACGGCCGGUUGUGAUACAGCCUGGAAUCGAACCAGUGGGUCUGUAGUGACGCCUCAAGCACUGAGAUGCAGUGCCUUAAUGUCAAUGUAAUUGCAUCAUUACCAAUCCCCCAUAUAUUUUUUGGGAAAAUAUAUAUACCAUUAUCUUAAUAUGGCCAUUAUCUUAACAUGUCUUAUUCAGUAAGAAACAUGAACAUUCAGUAAUAUUAGAUAUCAUCUUGGGUCAUUACAGUAAGUCAACCCUUACGUCUGUAUCAAUUAAUCAAUCAGGUAAUACACAACCCAAUCACCCAAUGUUAGGCAGACUGCUGGGUCUUAUUAACCCUUUUUAAUCAAUAUGCACUUCCUUUCUUUUGAGGUGGUAGUCGUUAGCUUUAGAGAUCCAGCUCCACAGGCCUAGAGACCAGGACUUAUUGAUCCCCUGUUCUGAUUGGAAGCUUCCCAUCAGUAGUGGGGGAGGAUGGGGGAGGUGGUAGUCAGGGUCACAUACUGGCUCUUACAGGGUAGAUCAUCUUACCUCUCUUUCUCUCUCUUUCCCUCUCUUUCCCUCCCCCAUUCUGUUCUGUUACCACAGCUGUCGCAGGCAGAUGGAGAGAACAUGGCGGCGCCUCUGUGUGUGUGUGUGUGUGUGGCGAAACGAAUGGGAAAUGUGUUACAUUGGGUUUACGGUGACCAUUUGGGGCUGAACUGACGUUGGCAGGUGGUGGCAUGUCACGCAUGUGAUGCCAGAGACAGGUUUCACAUUUGACACAGCCAACACACCGCUCUGCUGCAGUGUGUGUGUGUGUGUGUGUGUGUGUGUGUGUGGUUUGUUGCCCAUAACUCCUCCUCCUUCGCACACACCCAUCCACACACCAUUAAACUGUCAAACAGUGUAUAUGCGCUGCUGCACACUGGAACUUCAUCCAGACCUGUGACAGUCAGGCUUCCCCAGAACUGACGGCGAAAAACACAGCAACCUAUGCACACAAACACACACACACUGCAGUGAGCCACACACACACAAACAUCCACCCAAAGACAAGCUGAUAUGGAGUUUGAAUUUCAAAAGCGUUUUGUUCCAGUCACACACACACCAGGCAGACAACAACAUAGCCUGUCCCUGACUCCCUGCAUUUCUCAGCUCCCCUACUGUGAGAGAAGAGGAGGGGAGGAGGAGGAGGAGAGGGAUGGGAUGGGAUGAGGGGGAGAGGGAGAGGGGAGGAGGAGAAGAGAUUCAUAUUCAGUGUUUAAUAGUCACAUGUACAGGGUUGCAGGUGUGAUUGCAGGGUACAGUGUUUAAUAGUCACAUGUACAGGGUUGCAGGUGUGAUUGCAGGGUACAGUGAAAAUAUUAGGCUCCAAGCCCCAACAUGCAGGACUAAGUGAAAUAAAAUAAUGAAAAUGGUAAUAAAAAACAACAAUAUAACUAGAAAUAGCACUAUACACAUCGUCACAACUGUAGCAGUGAUGAAUAAAUAAAUGUCCAUUGGGGUGGAGGUAGAGUAAAGACUGUUGUGGGGGUGGGGGUGGGGGGGGAUGACCAUAGGGGGAGCUGCAGGUAAGAUACCGUUGAAGGUGUGGGUAAGGGCAGUGUGCAGUGCAAUGGCGAUUGCGUCGUCCGUGGAUCUGUUAGGCGAAUUGGAGCGGGUCAAGUGUGUCGGGAGGGAGGAGGUGAUAUGGUCUUUUGACUAGCCUCUCGAAGCACUUUGUGAUGACUGGAGUGCUACUGGUCGGUAGUCAUUCAGAUCAGUUACUUUCCCUUUCUUGGGCACGGGUAUGAUAGUGGAAAUCUUGAAGAAGGUGGUUAUAGUGGCCUGAGAUAGGGAGAGAUUGAAAAUGUCAGAGAACACAACAGCUGAGGGCACGGCUAAGGAUGCCGUCUGGGCCGGCAGCCUUGCAAGGGUUAACACGUUUGAAUGACUUCCAUACGUCCUCAGUGGAGACUGUGAGUGUGUAGCCCACAUUGUCAUCAGGGGGCUCUCCUUAGCAGCUCAGGGUCAUUGUGCUUGAAUCGUGAGAAAAAGGUGUUUAGCUUCUCCGGUAGGGUGUUGUUGGUGACCGUGAUGUGGCUGGCUUUCUUUUAGUAAUCUGUGAUCGUUACGACCCGCUGAAUUCCUCUUCCACUUUCUCCCUAUACUUGUGUUCCGCCAUCUUGAUCAAUCUGCGUAAGUCAUAUUUGUACUGUUAAACCCAUCUAUUGUCCCUGGUCACCUUGCCAUGUUUAUAAGCAGCAUCUCUCUCUUUCAGUUUUCCUACAAGGCUGCUAUCAAUCCACGGUUUUUGAUUCGGGUACGUUUUGAAAGAUACUAUCGGUAUCACAUCAUCUAUGAAUUUUUUGAUGAAUCCGGUGACUGAGUCGGUGUAUUCAUCAACAUUAUCUUCAGAGGUGACCUGGAACAUAUUCCAGUCUACGUGAUCAAAACAGUCUUGGAGCGUGAAUUCUGAUUGGUCUGACCAUGACCACCGGAACUUCCCUCUUGAGUCUUUGUUUGUAGGCGGGGAGAAGCAAGAUGGAGUCAUGGGGAGGGGAGACAGGAGGCGACGAGAGGAGGGAUAGGAGACGAGACGAGCGAUAGGAGCAGUGAAGGGUUGAAAUGGAGGGAGGCAGGGUAACAGACAGAGCCCAGAUAGACCCAUCAUCUCACUAACAUCUCUGCAUCUCUCACCUGCUGCUGGGGCUGGGAGCAUCCAUGGGGGGAUAGCAGGGCAGGGGACUGGGAGGGUGGAGUGUUUGGGAGAGUGUAGGUGGUUGGCUGGGGAUGGGGCAGAGACUGCAGAGAGUGACUAGAGCCGGGGCUGGGAAGGUAGGACAGCUGGCUGAGGCUGUGGAUGUAAAGGCAGACAGAUGACAGGGCUAGGUAGGUUUGUAUUCCAUAGAGUAGUGAGUAACAUCAGACCAUUCACCGUCAUGAGGGCACAGUGUUCUGUCUUCUGUUUGUUUUUUUGCAAACCAUGACUAAUGUCUAGAUAGAUUGUUAUUCUGUAUCCAGCCAGGCCGAUCUGCUGUUGUUGAUUAGACUCUGAAAGCACGCUGAUGAGGAUUCUGAAUGCCUCCCCAUCCUCACUAGCUAGUGGAAAAUCCCAUUCGUUUGAUCUGGCUGAGCCAAAAUAUAGGAGGCGCAGCAUAACACCAUCUCUCCCUCUCUUAUGCCAGCUAUUCUUCCUUACUGCGGUAUUCCCAUGGGAACCCACUUUCUGCUGCAGGAAUCACAGGCACAUCUGUACAGCUGCUUUGCUUUGUCUUAUCUGGACAUGAAAGAGGGAGAGAGGGAAGCUAGAGGAGAGAGAGGGGGGAUGGAGGGAGAGAGAGGGGGGUGGGGGGAGAGAGAGGGGUGUGGGGUGAGAGAGAGGGGUGUGGGGGGAGAGAGGGAAGAGUCAUGUUCCCUUAAGGGUGAUAAUGCUCUGGUACCUGACACCUAGCCAGGCAGGCUCUUAAAUCCAGCUCAUCAUCAUUUCAUGAGCAGGCAUUGUACUGCUGCAUAUCACUGUCUGAUCAGCCAUCAGAGCCAGUGUUUUCCCUCGACCCACAGAUUGAUUGGGCCAGUUUGGAGAAGGAGGUCAGGAGGAGGGCUGUGGUGCUGAUCUGGGGCCUGUGUUUCAGAAGCCUUGUUUUUGUUGUGGCACACCCCAUAUGGCUGCUAAUUGCUCUUUUGACCAAUCACAUCAGAUAUUUUCUAGAGCUGAUCUGAGUGGUCAAAAGACCAAUUAGUGGAAAAAAAAUCUCAGGAUUGUGCUGGCUGUGUAAACAGCCUAUGUGAUUUCUAUUGUUUCUGGCAGGUUGGCAUGUGUAUUUUCUAUUGCUUCACCUUAAUAUAUGGGUUAGUACAUACAGUGGGGAGAACAAGUAUUUGAUACACUGCCGAUUUUGCAGGUUUUCCUACUUACAAAGCAUGUAGAGGUCUGUAAUUUUUAUCAUAUGUACACUUCAACUGUGAGCGAAGGAAUCUAAAACAAAAAUCCAGAAAAUCACAUUGUAUGAUUUUUAAGUAAUUAAUUAGCAUUUUAUUGCAUGACAUAAGUAUUUGAUCACCUACCAACCAGUAAGAAUUCCGGCUCUCACAGACCUGUUAGUUUUCCUUUAAGAAGCCCUCCUGUUCUCCACUCAUUACCUGUAUUAACUGCACCUGUUUGAACUCGUUACCUGUAUAAAAGACACCUGUCCACACACUCAAUCAAACAGACUCCAACCUCUCCACAAUGGCCAAGACCAGAGAGCUGUGUAAGGACAUCAGGGAUAAAAUUGUAGACCUGCACAAGGCUGGGAUGGGCUACAGGACAAUAGGCAAGCAGCUUGGUGAGAAGAUAACAACUGUUGGCGCAAUUAUUAGAAAAUGGAAGAAGUUCAAGAUGACGGUCAAUCACCCUCGGUCUGGGGCUCCAUGCAAGAUCUCACCUCGUGGGGCAUCAAUGAUCAUGAGGAAGGUGAGGGAUCAGCCCAGAACUACACGGCAGGACCUGGUCAAUGACCUGAAGAGAGCUGGGACCACAGUCUCAAAGAAAACCAUUAGUAACACACUACGCCGUCAUGGAUUAAAAUCCUGCAGCGCACGCAAGGUCCCCCUGCUCAAGCCAGCGCAUGUCCAGGCCCGUCUGAAGUUUGCCAAUGACCAUCUGGAUGAUCCAGAGGAGGAAUGGGAGAAGGUCAUGUGGUCUGAUGAAACAAAAAUAGAGCUUUUUGGUCUAAACUCCACUCGCCGUGUUUGGAGGAAGAAGAAGGAUGAGUACAGCCCCAAGAACACCAUCCCAACCGUGUAGCAUGGAGGUGGAAACAUCAUUCUUUGGGGAUGCUUUUCUGCAAAGGGGACAGGACGACUGCACCGUAUUGAGGGGAGGAUGGAUGGGGCCAUGUAUCGCAAGAUCUUGGCCAACAACCUCCUUCCCUCAGUAAGAGCAUUGAAGAUGGGUCGUGGCUGGGUCUUCCAGCAUGACAACGACCCGAAACACACAGCCAGGGCAACUAAGGAGUGGCUCCGUAAGAAAUAUCUCAAGGUCCUGGAGUGGCCAAGCCAGUCUCCAGACCUGAACCCAAUAGAAAAUAUUUGGAGGGAGCUGAAAGUCCAUAUUGCCCUGCGACAGCCCCGAAACCUGAAGGAUCUGGAGAAGGUCUGUAUGGAGGAGUGGGCCAAAAUCCUUGCUGCAGUGUGUGCAAACCUGGUCAAGACCUACAGGAAACGUAUGAUCUCUGUAAUUGCAAACAAAGGUUUCUGUACCAAAUAUUAAGUUCUGCUUUUCUGAUGUAUCAAAUACUUAAGUCAUGCAAUAAAAUGCAAAUUAAUUACUUAAAAAUCAUACAAUGUGAUUUUCUGGAUUUUUGUUUUAGAUUCCGUCUCUCACAGUUGAAGUGUACCUAUGAUAAAAAUUACAGACCUCUACAUGCUUUGUAAGUAGGAAAACCUGCAAAAUCGGUAGUGUAUCAAAUACUUGUUCUCCCCACUGUAUGAGUUCACAUUAUAUUAUAUAUUGUGUCAGUACACAUUAGUGUUGCGCUACCGUGGGUCUAAAUAAUCUAUAGUCCAUAGGAGAGAUUCAUCUCUUGGUCUUACUCAGCAAAUCCAUAUCAUCUGUUUCGCAAAAGGUUAGCUGUAAAAACAUAACGACACCGAAGCACACACUUCACACUCGCCAAUGACUUGCUAAGCUGAUAUAGCUAGCGUGUCUUGCCUGCUCAAUGUGCCUGCUAGCUAGCUUAAUUGAUAAACACAGAUGGAACAUAGCUAGAUAGUGAUUUUGGGCACCGAUUAACAGCAUGUAGCUUGUGUAGCAUGUAGCUUGUUUAUCUACAAUAGUUUGACAGCUUGCUGAUGAAUGUUGUCAGAAAUCAGUCCUGACAGCAGCAUACUCCAUAUUGUCUGCAGAGCACUACUAGUUUUCAUUCACAUGCACCAAACAUCUUAGCUAGAUAUAAAAUUGCGCAAUUAAAACCUUGACAAAAAUGUCAAUUUAUUACAGAUUUAUUGAUUUAUCUUAGAUUAAUUCUGACCAUUUUGAGGAAGUGGUACUACUGGCUAUGUUGUUGCUAUGGUGUCUCAAAAGCGACAAACAACAGUAACUGCCAGGAUACGAUAACACACCCACUUCGAACCACAGCCCCAAGACUGAAAUCAACAGAAAAACACAUGGGGAAUCCUGAGUUCAGUCACUCCUUAAGAAUGUUCUCUCUUUCUCCCAAUGGAAUCUCAUUGUGUUGCUGCUGGCCCAAGUGUCCUCCUUCAGUGUUGUGUCCUGAGGUAGCAGUGGAUAAACUAUCUGAACAAACACUCCUGCCACUCACAUUGGUCCCAGGGUCUCUCGCUCACUCUCUCCCUCUUUCUCUCUCUCUCCUCCCAGCUCAACACACCACCACCAUAUAGAUUCCACCUGCACUCAAUUUAUAUGAAAGCCACCCCUCACCCCCUUCUCUCCCUCUAAACCUGCCAAAACAUGAUAAAUGACCACCAUUGCUCCAACUCCCCUUCUUGUGCGUUGCAUCGGUUGUCUCAGGGACUACGAUCUUAUUUCCCUUCUUAGAAAAUCCAAGUAAACCUCCACUUGUCCGUGCAUGUGUGUAUGUGCGUGCGUGCAUAUUUAUUCGUUGCCCCAGGCCAUCUUAAUUUCCACACAUAAACCUGUCGGUUGUCUUAUUCCAGCACUGCGGGGCAUACAUAUGCAUGACAUCGACUCUAUAUACAUGAUACACUGUAGGAUGAAUAGAAUGGCGCUGGAGGAGAUGGCUGCCGUUUUACAGGCUCCUAACCAAUUGUGCUUUUGUGUGUGUUUUUUCGCGUUAUUUGUAACUUAUUUUGUACAUAAUGUUUCUGCCACCGUCCCUUAUGACCGUCUAUUUUUUACUUAACACUUAUUUUUCUUAAAACUGCAUUGUUGGUUAAGGGCUUGUAAGUAAGCAUUUCACUGUAAGGUCUACACCUGUUGUAUUCGGCGCAUGUGACAAAUACAAUUUGAUUUGAUUUGAAUACAGAAUACACCGUAGGAUGAAUCUCUAUAUGGGAUACACAGUAGGAUGAAUCUCUAUACAGGCUACACCAUAGGAUGAAUGUCUAUAUGGGAUACACAGUAGGAUGAAUCUCUAUACAGGCUACACCAUAGGAUGAAUCUCUAUAUGGGAUACACAGUAGGAUGAAUCUCUAUACAGGCUACACCAUAGGAUGAAUCUCUAUAUGGGAUACACAGUAGGAUGAAUAUCUAUAUGGGAUACACCAUAGGAUGCAGCCUCCUGUGGCCCCUAGCUAAUAGCCUCUACUGUCACUCAGAGCUAACCGAGAAAAUGGAUGGGAAUAUGGGAAAUCAUUCCGAGUGCGGUAAAUUAUCCUUUCCCCUUGAUUGCUUAAUCAUAACUCAAUUUCUGACUCAAAUGAAUUUGAAAUUCGUUGGAGCAGAGGGUGAGAUUGGCCAUAAAGAAGAAGAAGAAGCUCAAACCACAUUUGGUCCCUUCAUCAGAUGUUGUGCUCUUUAAGUGGUUUCACUGACCCUCUAAAUGGAUUCUCGUCUUACUGUUAGUGCUAUUCUUAUCUCUCUGUCCUGUAGCAGGCAAUUUAACCUUUGAUCUAUUCUGUUAUUGAACUAGCUCUGAGCAUUCACAAGGUUGCCUGUUUCCUAAUGGCAAGUGGACCAUUGUAUUAUACAUUGAGUCUUCAUGUCUGAAAUAGUGAAUGUACAUGUCUAUAUGUAGCCGUUGAGUCUGACUGGGCUGGGGUGGUGAUCUGUCUUAUACCAGUGGGGGUGUGAUUGUUGGUAGAGUUAAAGCUGUUCAUUUAUGUUUUUCUCCAGUACUGUGUGGGAAUAAAAUGCCGUCUGCUUUUCCCAGAGCAUAGUAAUCCAUUUCACAUGUUCCCGAUCCCCUCAGAUCCUCCGUAGCUGCAGUGAGGCACAGCUGUAUUGGAGAUCCCACAUUCAUAAUGUGGAGAAGCUGGUUUUUCAGGCCAUCUGAGUGGAGAAGACCCAUACAUAUUUAAUCUUCUCUCUCCCCCCAUGUUUUUAUUCAUCUCAGCCCUAAUCAGCUCUCCACAUUCUGAAUGUAUAAUCAUGCUAUUAUACUGUGCCUGCUGCAGUUAGCUUCAAGCUGGAGAUCUCUGGGCCAGAUACCAUCAGAUACAAUCACAUCAGAUGAGCUAGAAACGGGCUUUGUCCACCACUGAAUAUGCAGGUAGUCUACAGAAAUAGCCUCAAUCGUCUCAUUUCUUUCCUAGAACAUACCCUUUCACUGUCUUCUUACUCAUAAUUGCUCUUAGGGAUGGUGUGUGCUCUGGGCUCCGAGAGUGAACUUCCAGAUCAGCCCAAGCACUCUGUCCCAUUACCACGUUGCUGAAUAACAACGCAAUCAUUUCAAUUACCACAGGGCCAGGACUCGGGUCUGCAGAACCGGGGUCCCGGAGUCGUAAUUGGAGGGAUGGACCAUUUGAGGAAAAACGUUGUAGUUAUCUUCCUUGGUGAAAUUGCCUCAGUCUUGGGGAAAGAAAUUGAGGCGCUGCAACAUUCUGUGAUAAUUCAGUGGCGGUUUGGUUUGUAGGAAGAGGAGGUCAGUCUGAAAGUCACUUUCCCUGAUAAUUAGAACGAAACAAAACUUUCCGGCUUUGACUCCUCCGUCCUUCACAGGCGUGAAAUUAAUCGGUGAGAAAGAGAGAAGUCAGUGUAAAGGUUUGCCGUGCCGCUAAAUGAGACGCCGCCUGCUCUGUACAUUCAGAUGGUCUGAGGGAGAGGAGGAGCAGGAGAGAGAAAAACUGUCACAGUAAAUUCUUCACACUUUUUUCACAGCCUAAGCUUUUAAUCGCGGAAGCCACAAGGAUGCAUGAAAUGGAAUUAGAAUUUCAGAUCUAUUGAUCCUGUAUUGAUGGAUAGCAAGGGGGGGGCUUAGGCCAGACGGAUGGAGCUGUUGCUGGCUUUGAAAUACAACCUGUCUAAGAAAAUGAGUUUGUUUGCAUUUCCAUGUGUGCAUGUUGUGUUUAGCUUUAGGCACCACACAGCAAAGGGGAAUUAUCACUUUCUUUUGAAGUCCCUAAUCUCCAACAGGAUAGAAAGGACAGGAUGAAUGCAAAUUGUGAGAUAUAGUUCAGCUGUAAGAAGUACCACUACUUUCUUCUUGACAGCAACAUCUGACUGCUGUAGAAUUUGAAAGGCUAUCAUCAGUGGUCAGAAGCAGUGUAGCCUCCCUAUAUGUACAGUGGGGGAAAAAAGUAUUUAGUCAGCCACCAAUUGUGCAAGAUCUCCCACUUAAAAAGAUGAGAGAGGCCUGUAAUUUUCAUCAUAGGUACACGUCAACUAUGACAGACAAAAUUAGAAUUUUUUUUCCAAAAAAUCACAUUGUAGGGUUUUUAAUGAAUUUAUUUGCAAAUUAUGGUUCAAAACAAGUAUUUGGUCAAUAACAAAAGUUACUCAAUACUUUGUUAUAUACCCUUUGUUGGCAAUGACACAGGUCAAACGUUUUCUGUAAGUCUUCACAAGGUUUUCACACACUGUUGCUGGUAUUUUGGCCCAUUCCUCCAUGCAGAUCUCCUCUAGAGCAGUGAUGUUUUGGGGCUGUCGCUGGGCAACACGGACUUUCAACUCCCUCCAAAGAUUUUCUAUGGGGUUGAGAUCUGGAGACUGGCUAAGCCACUCCAGGACCUUGAAAUGCUUCUUACGAAGCCACUCCUUCGUUGCCCGGGCGGUGUGUUUGGGAUCAUUGUCAUGCUGAAAGACCCAGCCACGUUUCAUCUUCAAUGCCCUUACUGAUGGAAGGAGGUUUUCACUCAAAAUCUCACGAUACAUGGCCCCAUUCAUUCUUUCCUUUACACGGAUCAGUCAUCCUGGUCCCUUUGCAGAAAAACAGCCCCAAAGCAUGAUGUUUCCACCCCCAUGCUUCACAGUAGGUAUGGUGUUCUUUGGAUGCAACUCAGCAUUCUUUGUCCUCCAAACACGACGAGUUGAGUUUUUACCAAAAAGUUCUAUUUUGGUUUCACCUGACCAUAUGACAUUCUCCCAAUCCUCUUCUGGAUCAUCCAAAUGCACUCUAGCAAUCUUCAGACGGGCCUGGACAUGUACUGGCUUAAGCAGGGGGACACGUCUGGCACUGCAGGAUUUGAGUCCCUGGCGGCGUAGUGUGUUACUGAUGAUAGGCUUUGUUACUUUGGUCCCAGCUCUCUGCAGGUCAUUCACUAGGUCCCCCCGUGUGGUUCUGGGAUCUUUGCUUGUGAUCAUUUUGACCCCACGGGGUGAGAUCUUGCGUGGAGCCCCAGAUCGAGGGAGAUUAUCAGUGGUCUUGUAUGUCUUCCAUUUCCUAAUAUUUGCUCCCACAGUUGAUUUCUUCAAACCAAGCUGCUUACCUAUUGCAGAUUCAGUCUUCCCAGCCUGGUGCAGGUCUACAAUUUUGUUUCUGGUGUCCUUUGAUAGCUCUUUGGUCUUGGCCAUAGUGGAGUUUGGAGUGUGACUGUUUGAGGUUGUGGACAGGUGUCUUUUAUACUGAUAACAAGUUCAAACAGGUGCCAUUAAUACAGGUAACGAGUGGAGGACAGAGGAGCCUCUUAAAGAAAAAGUUACAGGUCUGUGAGAGCCAGAAAUCUUGCUUGUUUGUAGGUGGCCAAAUACUUAUUUUCCACCAUAAUUUGCAAAUAAAUUAAUUACAAAUCCUACAAUGUGAUUUUCUGGAUUUUGUUUUCUCAAUUUGUCUGUCAUAGUUGACGUGUACCUAUGGUGAAAAUUACAGGCCUCUCUCAUCUUUUUAAGUGGGAGAACUUGCACCAUUGGUGGCUGACUAAAUACUUUUUUUCCCCCACUGUAUAUACUAUAGCCUCUGUGAAGAUGUCUGUACUUGAAUGGCGCAAGUGGUACUGUGCUCACCCUGUAACUGCAGUCGCUGGUUCAAAUCCUGCUCCAGCUGUUCCCCCCCUAAAUCGCUACACAAGUAGAAAUUGAUAGCCUUCAUGGAAGGAGUCUGUAGUGAGCCAGUGCCAUCCAUUAACACAUUUGCUGCUGUCCUAAUGUCAUCAGUGUCCAGAUGAAUGGAUAGCAGAUUAGGGAUUAAACCGCUCUGACCUUGGCACUGACCUGUUCAGCUGGAUGGACACACAGUACUGCUGUUAGCCUGUUAGCAUUCUGGGCUAAUAAAGUUUCUGCUGGACCAGUAUGUUGCUGUGCUGUUUGACAUGGCAGUGGGUUUGGCGCGGUGCUGCUGUGUGUGUGUGUGUGUGUGUGUGUGUGUGUGUUUUGGGCAAAAAUAACUUGUAUUGUUUAAGCAGUGCCUCUUCUAGGUGAUCCCUUUGUCAUGAUCCAGUAGUUUAUACUGUAAGAAACGACAACAACAAGAAUCUCCAUCUGAUCUCAAAGCCCCCAUUAGUCCCAUUGGCAUAACACACACCCUCAUUCCCUCCAGAACGGAGUUACCAUGCUGUCGCCACAGAAGGAGAACGCCGCCGUAACUCUGUGGCGUUACCGUGGAGUGUGUGCGGUUGCCAAGGUACUUGUAAAAGGAACACUGAGGGUCAUAAUUUAUUUCUGUCAGGGGGGAUAAGGAGGGGGAGGUAGGGGGCAUGGAGGGGCUGAGAGGAGAGGAUCACCUUCCUCCCAAUACAAUUUAUUUGUCAAAAAGGGACACCUCUGGCUAGUUCACCCAACACUGUUACUGCUAAUGUACUGCACUGGCCUCAGCAGCACUGGAACGCUCACUGACAUUUUACCACAGAGAGAGAGUGGAGAGAGUGGAGAGAGUGCAUAUGGCCGACCUUAGUGAUGUUUAUCCAUGGAGUUGUUACAGCUGAGACCCAGACCAGGCCUCCCACAUUCUGUUACCCCCCCAUCUCUCUCCUUCUCUCCCUUCAUUAAUCCAGCAGCAGUGAAGUUGUGGUUCUGGCCUGGUGCCCAGUAGAAUGGUAGUGCUGUAAUGCUGUAGGUUUGUUGGGUUUGACUGACCACCCACCUAGAGGCUAAACACUACAGUACUCAGCCUCCAGCCUUGUCUGUCACGUGCUAUUGUUUAUAUACAUACACCCACUUUAUUCUGUCCCUGCCAUUAAUCCCAAGCUAAUAAUGGGGAAAAUAUGUUCAUUGUUGUUUUGAACACUUCGUAAAUUUGAGAUUGAUUGCUUCACGUUUCUCUCGCUCUGUCUCUCUUGUCUCACUCUCUCUUUUCUCCUUCUUUAUCUCCCUCUCUUUAUAUCUCCCUCUUCCUUUCCCACUUAUUUUGCUCUCUCUCUCUCUCUCUCUCUCUCACUGUGUCUCUCUCUCUCUCUCUCUCUCUCUCUCUCGCUCCCCUGUCUGUGUCUGUUCCCUCAUUUAGUAACUCCCUCCAUCCACAGAGGCAAUUAAAGCCCUCUAAUUCACUUUGAGCUCUUCCUGUCAGAGACCUUGAAAAGGUUUGAUAUCAAAUACACGUUAGUCUCAGUCUGUCUACCUCUCUACCUGUCCUCUAUAUGCAUGAAUAAGGAGAGGAGGGACUGAUUCAUCCUCUGUUCAGACUGGGAUGGAUGGAUGGAUGGAUGGGGAGAGAGAGACAGACUUUUUAUUUUGUAUUUAUUUAUUUUUACAUUAAAAUCACAGUGCAGUUAUCACAAAACUACCACUAACAGGUCCCGAUGAUCAUCAUGAAGGCCAAAAACUGUUUUUAACAAAUAACUAAUGCAACAAUGCUGUAAGGAGGAGAUAUGUAUCUACAAUGAUUUGCCACGGAUACAAAGCGCUCUGCACGUCAUCGUCGUUAACAGUUGGAAAAUGACAGGGACGAGAUAGCAGUGAAGUCCUGUAUGGCAAUACUUUGAGAAGUUAAAUGAGAAGGUGAUGAAAUUCAAACUUUGCGAGGUGGAAAUGAGCAGUACAGGUGCUGAAAGAGAGGCACCGUGAAACCAUACCCGUUUCUGGCAGCAGUGCAAUAAGGGAUGAAAUGAUUGCAGUUUAUAUGCAGCCAUUGUAUGUGGUAGAGGAUGUCGGCUUCACUGCCCUGAUGGCAUAGCUAGAACCAGGCUACAAGAUGCCAUGUUGAAAAACCGGGAUGACUCUGAUAGAGAAAUUGUAUAAUGAUUGCUCUGCAAGUACAAAGUGCGAGCUCUCAAACAACAUACAGUGCCUUGCAAAAGUAUUCACCCCCUUGGCGUUUUUCCUAUUUUGUUGCAUUACAACCUGUAAUUUAAAUUGAUUUUUAUUUGGAUUUCAUGUAAUGAAAUAAUACCUUGGCAUGUUGUGGUCCUCUGUAGCUCAACUGGUAGAGCACGGCGCUUGUAACGCCAAGGUAGUGGGUUCGAUCCCCGGGACCACCCAUACACAAAAAUGUAUGCACGCAUGACUGUAAGUCGCUUUGGAUAAAAGCGUCUGCUAAAUGGCAUAUUAUUAUUAUUAUUAUUAUUAUUAUUAUUAUUAUUAUUAUUAUUAUUAUUAUUAAUGGACAUACACAAAAUCGUCCAAAUUGGUGAAGUGGAAUGAAAAAAAUUACUUGUUUCAAAAAAUUCUAAAAAAUAAAUAAUGGAAAAGUGGUGCAUGCAUAUGUAUGAAGCCCCUAAAUAAGAUCUGGUGCAACCAAUUACCUUCAGAAGUCACAUAAUUAGUUAAAUAAAGUCCACUUGUGCAAUUUAAGUGUCACAUGAUCUGUCACAUGAUCUCAGUAUAUAUAUACACCUGUUCUGAAAGGCCCCAGAGUCUGCAAAACCACUAAGCAAGGGGCACCACCAAGCAAGCAGCAACAUGAAGACCAAGGAGCUUUCCAAACAGGUCAGGGACAAGGUUGUGGAGAAGUACAGAUCACGGUUGGGUUAUAAAAAAAUAUCAGAAACUUUGAACAUCCCACGUGCACCAAUAAAUCCAUUAUUAAAAAAUUUAAAGAAUAUGGCACCACAACAAACCUGCCAAGAGAGGGCCGCCCACCAAAACUCACGGAACAGGCAAGGAGGGCAUUAAUCAGAGAGGCAACAAAGAGACCAAAGAUAACCCUGAAGCAGCUGCAAAGCUCCACAGCAGAGAUUGGAGUAUCUGUCCAUAGGACCACUUUAAGCCAUACACUCCACAGAGCUGGGCUUUACGGAAGAGUUGCCAGAAAAAAGCCAUUGCUUAAAGAAAAAAAGCUAUCGCCAAAAGGCAUGUGGGAGACUCCCCAAACAUAUGGAAGAAGGUACUCUGGUCAGAUGAGACUAAAAUUGAGCUUUUUGGCCAUCAAGGAAAACGCUAUGUCUGGCACAAACCCAACACCUCUCAUCACCCCGAGAACACCAUGCCGAUGAAAAACAUCCCCACAGCAUGAUGCUGCCACCACCAUGCUGUGGGGAUGUUUUUCAUCGGCAGGGACUUGGAAACUGGUCAGAAUUGAAGGAAUGAUGGAUGGCGCUAAAUACAGGGAAAUUCUUGAGGGAAACCUGUUUCAGUCUUCCAGAGAUUUGAGACUGGGACGGAGGUUCACCUUCCAGCAGGACAAUUACCCUAAUCAUACUGCUAAAGCAACACUCGAGUGGUUUAAGGGGAAACAUUUAAAUAUCUUGGAAUGGCCUAGUCAAAGCCCAGACCUCAAUCCAAUUGAGAAUCUUAAAAAUUGCUGUACACCAGCGGAACCCAUCCAACUUGAAGGAGCUGGGGCAGUUUUGCCUUGAAGAAUGGGCAGAAAUCCCAGUGGCUAGAUGUGCCAAGCUUAUAGAGACAUACCCCAAGAGACUUGCAGCUGUAAUUGCUGCGAAAUGUGGCUCUACAAAGUAUUGACUUUGGGGUGAUGAAUAGUUAUACACGCUCAAGGUUUCUGUUUUUUUGUCUUAUUUCUUGUUUGUUUUACAAAAAUUCUUUAUUUUGCAUCUUCAAAGUGGUUGGCAUGUUGUGUAAAUCAAAUGAUACAAAACCCCCCAAAAAAUAUAUUUUAAUUCCAAGUUGUAAGGAAACAAAGUAGGAAAAAUGCCAAGGGGGGUGAAUACUUUCGCAAGCCACUGUACGUGGCAUUAACAACCAUUUUUGGACAUCUAUGAACAUGCUGUCAUACAUCACUGCAACAAACCAUCACACUGAUGAAAAUGGGACAUGAAGUCCCAUGUACUGACAACUGAGAACAUGGAGGAGAGGCACACAACAGAGAACAUAAAACGGCAUUAAUACCAUGGUUGCUGAGUGGUUGGAGGACCACAGUAAGGUGAGCGCUGUCUAGCAGGUAGCCAGGACUGUGGUAGAUUGAACUGCAUUGCCCCCUAGCGGUCAUACGUGACCAUAUCUGAAUUUGGAAUUCACGUCAUUUGAUUUGCUUUAAACGUUUAAAUGAGAAAAAUUGCAGUUUAAACGUAAAUGCUCUCUACCUCUCCCCUGCUCUCUACCUCUCCCCUGCUCUCUACCUCUCCGCUGCUCUCUACCUCUCUACAACCUUGCUGAUACAUUGCCCCCACAUCCCAUCAGGUUUACAUUUAUUGUAUUAUUUUGGAAUGGGGGGGAAGGGUCUCCGUUGAAUGUAUAGAGAGGAGUAGAAGAUGCUGUUAGUGGAGAUGGAGAGGGUUAGAACAGCCAUUAGCCUGUGUUCUUCCACUCAGUGUAAAUGCAGCUCUGGUGUACCUAGCUACAUAUCUAUUCCCACUAGCCUACAUUACAGUCUAAUGCUCUCUCUCUCUCUCUCUCUCUCUCUAUAUCUCUCUCUCUCUCUCUCUCCCUCUCUAUCCCUCUCUCUCUCUCUCUCUCUCUAUAUCUCUCUCUCUCUCUCUCUCUCUCUCUCCCUCCCCCAUCCCUCUCUCUGAUCUAAUUGUAGUUCUUUGUGGCCCAGGCUGAAGGUCAACUUUGGUGGGCAGUCAUCACUGCUGAGAGUUGGCCAAGACCUUAUGUAGAUGUCCAACACCUACUGUAGAUAGAUAGAUAUAUAGAUAGAUAUAUCUCUUCUCUCUGCUCUGUUUGUCUUGAACUGCUGUUAACCUGCACCUGCUAACCUCUGUCACCACCAAUGGCAUCAAUGUCACGGCAGCCUUUGUUUCUCCUCAGACCUUUGGCUUUAGAUAACAUUUUAUCAUUAGUGUGAUUAAUUACCAAAAAUAUUUUCUAAAAUGGUAGGAUUUGGCUUCUCAAAGCCACAUCUGUGGUUGAGUAAUAUUUGGAACCUUCUAUUAAAGCAGCGUAACCACCACCCACCUGAGAAAACCGUACUAUUCUCUCUGAGUGACUCGUCCUCUGCUUUGCUCUUCAGCGGCCUCCGCGCUGUGCCGUAGUGGCUAAUCUUGUUUUGAUAUGCCGUGGCACGGACCUGGCUCCUGACAGAAGGAAUGGCAGUCUUCAGCAUAGCAGGGCUGUGUGUUUCUGUCUGCUCUAGAGCGAUACUUUCUCUCCACACCCACCUCUUUUUCACGGCCUCUUUUUACGUUUAAAAACUCUGGUCCUCUGAAGGGAAAUUUGGAGGCAGCUCAGUGGAAGUGUGAUAUCCUCCACAGCAGCAGCACGACUCAGGAGGGAGAUUGUGACUGAAGCAGGAAUACCAGAGAAUGUAUAGCCUAGUUCUCACACAGUUGAUUGUUUUGUAUGGAGAGAUUUUAGGCUUUUCUCCAUGGUAUUCCUCAAGGAAUGCUAUAUGGAAUGAUGUUGAGCUUUCCUUCAUGGAAUACCAUGAGGACUUCUAUAUGGAACCAUGGAAUGAUAUCAGAUGUUUCCCCCCAUCAAGCUACUCUAAUCAGAAAUCAAUAACUCAUUAAAUGCAUUCCGUGUAAGAUAUCAGAUAUCUACUUAUGUAUUGUGUCAGGCUUGGUGGUGUACUGUAACAAACCUUUGAUAAUGCUCUCCGUUUAACACCUUUGGAUUGCGUUAUGAACGAUAUCAGCAAAAUGCCUGCGAUAAGUGUUCGGUAUGGUCAGUGUCGAUAACUUCCGGUUUAUCGUCCCAGCUCUACCUCAGUACUCUGAGUACAGCAGUCAGUGGUCAAUAAUACACUUCUCAAGUAGUUAUUUCUCUCUAAAUACACCUCCGCUGUCUUCAACCAGGAUCUCAGCGAUCACUGCCUUAUUGCCUGCGUCCGUAAUGGGUCCGCGGUCAAACGACCACCCCUCAUCACUGUCAAACGCUCCCUAAAACACUUUAGCGAACAGGCUUUUCUAAUUGACCUGGUCCGGGUAUCCUGGAUGGAUAUUGACCUCAUUCCGUCAGUAGAGGGUGCCUGGUUGUUCUUUAAAAAUGCUUUCCUCUCAAUCUUAAAUAAGCAUGCCCCAUUCAAAAAAUUCAGAACUAAGAACAGAUAUAGCCCCUAGUUCACCCCAGACUUGACUGCCCUUGACCAGCACAAAAACAUCCUGUGGCGUACUGCAUUAGCAUCGAACAGCCCCCGCGAUAUGCAACUUUUUAGGGAAGUCAGGAACCAAUAUACACAAUCAGUUAGGAAAGCAAAGGCUAGCUUUUUCAAACAGAAAUGUGCAUCCUGUAGCACUAACUCCAAAAAGUUUUGGGACACUGUAAAGUCCAUGGAAAAUAAGAGCACCUCCUCCCAACUGCCCACUGCACUGAGGCUAGGAAACACUGUCACCACCGAUAAAUCUACAAUAAUCGAGAAUUUCAACAAGCAUUUUGCCAUGGCAGGCCAUGCUUUCCACCUGGCUACCACUACCACCCGGCCACCAGCUCUGCACCCUCCGCUGCAACUUGCCCAUGCCCCCCCCCCCCCCCCCCCCCCUGCUUCUCCUUCACACAAAUUCAGACAGCUGAUGUUCUGAAAGAGCUGAAAAAUCUGGACCCCUACAAAUCAACUGGGCUAGACAAUCUGGACCCUUUCUUUCUAAAAUUAGCCACUGAAAUUGUCGCAACCCCUAUUACUAGCCUGUUCAACCUCUCUUUCGUAACGUCUGAGAUCCCCAGAGAUUGGAAAGCUGCCGCAGUCAUCCCCCUCUUCAAAGAGGGUGACACUCUAGAUCCAAACUGUUACAGACCUAUAUCCAUCAUGCCCUGCCUUUCGAAAGUAUUUGAAAGCCAAGUUAACAAACAGAUCACCGACCAUUUCGAAUCCCACCGUACCUUCUCCGCCAUUCAAUCCGGUUUCCGAGCUGCUCAUGGGUGCACCUCAGCCACGCUCAAGGUCCUAAACGAUAUUAUAACCGCAAUCGAUAUAAGACAGUACUGCGCGGCCAUCUUCAUCGACCUGGCCAAGGCUUUCGACUCUGUCAACCACCGCAUUCUUAUUGGCAGACUAAAUAGCCUUGGUUUCUCAAAUGACUGCCUCGCCUGGUUCACCAACUACUUCUCAGAUAGAGUUCAAUGUGUCAAAUCGGAGGGCCUGUUGUCUGGACCUCUGGCUGUCUCUAUGGGGGUGCCACAGGGUUCAAUUCUCGGGCCGACUCUAUUCUCUGUGUAUAUCAAUGAUGUCGUUCUUGCUGCUGGUGAUGCUCGGAUCCACCUCUAUGCGGACGACACCAUUUUGUAUACAUCUUGCCCUUCAUUGGACACUGUGUUAACAAACCUCUAAACGAGCUUCAACGCCAUACAACACUCCUUCCAUGGCCUCCAACUGCUCUAAAACACUAGUAAAACUAAAUGUAUGCUCUUCAACCGAACGCUGCUUGCGUCGUCGCCAAACCCACUUGCUCCAGGUCAUCUAUAAAUCACUGCUAGGCAAAUCCCUGUCUUAUCUUAGCUCACUGGUCACCAUAGCAACACCCACCCGUAGUCUGCGCUCCAGCAGGUAUAUCUUACUGGUCAUCCCCAAAGACAACACCUCCUUUGGCCGCCAUUCCUUCCAGUUCUCUGCUGCCAAUGACUGGAACGAACUGCAAAAAUAUCUGAAGCUGGAGACUCUUAUCUCCCUCACUAACUUUAAGCAUCAGUUGUCAGAGCAGCUUACCGAUCACUGCACCUGUACACAGCCAUUCUGAAAUUAGCCCACCCAACUACCUCAUCGCCAUAUUGUUAUUUAUUUUGCUAAUUUGCACCCCAGUAUCUCUAUUUGCACAUCAUCUUUUGCACAUCUAUCAUUCCAGUGUUAAUUACGAAAUUGUAACAAUUUUUUAUUGCCUUACCUCCAUAACUUACUACAUUCGCACACACUGUAUAUAUAUUUUCUGUUGUAUUUUUGACUUUAUGUUUUGUUUACCCCAUAUGUAACUCGGUGUUGUUGUUUUUAUUGCACUGCUUUGCUUUAUCUUGGCCAGGUCGCAGUUGUAAAUGAGAACUUGUUCUCAACUGGCUUACCUGGUUAAAUAAAGGAGAAAUAAAAAAAUACAAUGAGAAAUGAGAAUGGUUUUAUGUAGGUGAUUAUUUUGCUUUUUCACUUUUUUUAUGUGAAUAUGUUUGAAACUUGGACUGUAUCCUCAGAGAUCAGAGCAUGGUCAAGAACAGCCAAUAAGACACUGGUGUAAUUUGAUUGGGUUAAUUAGCUUGCACAUCCAACGUAGAUGCAGUGUGAUAGGAUGGUGUGCUAUUCAGAGAGAGAAGUUCCCAUUGGUUUCUGUCUGUCACUAUCUGCUGGCUGCAUUGCUUUUGGAUUGUGGCUUGGCUGCUUGUUUCUCUCCCCUCUGAUCCUCUGUGUGUUUGAGGGGAAUAGGAGGUGAGUUUCCCCAAGGGCCAUGGCUUCACUUUACAUGCAGUCACAGAGUCCUGCCUAAACAGACUGGCUCAGCAGCUCGCCUCCAGGCCUCUCUCUCUCGCUCUCUCUCCGUCGAUCAAUAGUGUGUGUGAGGGCUGGGGUUGGGUGGGGUGUGUGUAGGGUUUUUUGGCAGCUCUGAUAGCAUGCGUAGGUGAAUGCAAGGACUGCUUUUAAAAUGAACUUUCAGAGGAGCACCGGCACUGUAUCCUACACCUCUCCCACACACAUAAACAAACAACAAAUAUGGCAUUAGUGUGUGAGUUAUGAAAAGGAAAUGUUCUUUGUGCUCUUGUUCGAUUUUUUUAUAUUUCUUUCUUGCGUUUCAUUCUAGGUCAUAACCAGAAACCAUCCAGGAGAAUGUAGCUAUUGGGAUGACCUUUGUGACCUCACCUUUGCCUGCCCCCGGAAAGAUCAACCACCAAUCAGGAACCCUGAGGGAUGUGGUUGGCUGGUUCCAGUGAUGGACAGGUGACCAGCCAGCCCUCUAGCUGCCCUCUCCUGCUCUGAUUCCCCCUCUCCUUCCCCCCUCCCUCCCUGGCGUGCGGUGUGCCCCCCCCCCCCCCCCCCCCCCCCCCCCCCUCCCCCCUCCCCAGGUCGGAGACCGCCCACAUCUCUGCCAUGGUGACAUAAUCAGCAACACAGUGCGUGGGAGAGCCAAUGAAACCAUCUCAUUUCUAUCUCCAGUAGCUGUUGCUGCUGCUUCUAUAGCCUGUGGAUUAAUAACCAGAAGACUGGAAUUAACAAGACUGACUUUGGACUGAUUUAUUUAUGCUUAGCCUACCCUAGCCUACCCUACCCUAGCCUACCCUACCCUACCCUAACCUAGCCUACCCUACCCUACCGUACCCUACCCUACCCUAACCUAGCCUACCUACCCUACCCUACCCUAACCUACCCUUCCCUACCCUACCUUAACCUAGCCUACCCUAGCCUACCCUAGCCUACCCUAGCCUACCCAAGCCUACCCUACUCUACCCAAGCCUACCCCACCCUACCAACAAGCCCUACAGAGACUGUUUUCUUAGUAGUUUCGGUCAGUGGUUCAUUCGGGUCAGGCAUUGUGCGUGACGAUGCUGGGAUGCGUGUCCCGCCUGCGUCGGCUGGUCCGUCUUGUCCGCCACCUCCCCCUCCAGACCUCCCUGCUCCUCCUCUUCCUUUUCUGCACCGUCAGCGUCUUCGUCUCCGCCUACUUCCUUUACGGCGCGAAACAGGAGCUCGAGCACUCAGGAGGGGGCGUGGCUGGUGGCGAGGGAGUGUCGGCCAUCUAUGAUGACCUCCGGGUGAGCCCUUCGCGGCUGCUCCCAGUGCGGGCGGUGUCUGGGGGACCCGGGGGCGAAGGAGGGGGGAGGACAGACCCUGUGGUGCUGGUGUUUGUAGAGAGUCAGUACUCUCAACUUGGCCAGGAUAUCGUGGCCAUCCUGGAGUCGGGACGUUUCCGGUACCGGAUGGAGAUCUCUCCCGGUAAAGGGGACAUGCCCACGUUAACGGAUAAGGAGCACGGGCGCUUCACACUGGUCAUCUACGAGAACAUCCUGAAGUACGUCAACCUGGACGCCUGGAACAGAGAGCUGCUGGACAAGUACUGUGUGGAAUACGGAGUGGGCAUCAUCGGCUUCUUUAAGGUUAGUACUGUGUGGAAUACGGAGUGGGCAUCAUCGGCUUCUUUAAGGUUAGUACUGUGUGGAAUACGGAGUGGGCAUCAUCGGCUUCUUUAAGGUUAGUACUGUGUGGAAUACGGAGUGGGCAUCAUCGGCUUCUUUAAGGAUAGUACUGUGUGGAAUACGGAGUGGGCAUCAUCGGCUUCUUUAAGGUUAGUACUGUGUGGAAUACAGAGUGGGCAUCAUCGGCUUCUUUAAGGUUAGUACUGUGUGGAAUACGGAGUGGGCAUCAUCGGCUUCUUUAAGGUUAGUACUGUGUGGAAUACGGAGUGGGCAUCAUCGGCUUCUUUAAGGUUAGAAUCCUUAGUUUUACAUUCAUGUUGGGACUUUUAGCACUAGCCUAUAUCGUUAUUACCUGAUAAUUCCACCGAUAACCGAUAUUCAAUAAAUAGGAUGAAAAAAGGGAAUCUCAUGCUUAUCUGAACACAUUCUCAUGAUUUCAUUAAUUUCACAAUAUAAGAAAUCAACAUUUGAAGCAUAUUUCUUGGACAAUUGCCAUUUUGGAUGGAAAUGUAUGAGAAAACUGCGGGAAAAAAUAGUAUUUUUAAUACUAUAAUGUUGGUAUCGGUAAGUGUUGUCCCUAAAAAAUCGUUAUCGGACAACAAAAAAACAUAUCAGUCAGCUCUAUAAAUGAAUGAUAUAUACCCACUGAUGGUUGAAGAAUAUAACUUCUAAAUGAAUGAUAUAUACCCAUUGUUGUUGAAGAAUAUAACUUCUAAAUGAAUGAUAUACAGUGAGGGAAAAAAGUAUUUGAUCCCCUGCUGAUUUUGUACGUUUGCCCACUGACAAAGAAAUGAUCAGUCUAUAAUUUUAAUGGUAGGUUUAUUUGAACAGUGAGAGACAGAAUAACAACAAAAAAAUCCAGAAAAGCGCAUGUCAAAAAUGUUAUAAAUUGAUUUGCAUUUUAAUGAGGGAAAUAAGUAUUUGACCACCUCUCAAUCAGAAAGAUUUCUGGCUCCCAGGUGUCUUUUAUACAGGUAACGAGCUGAGAUUAGGAGCACACUCUUAAAGGGAGUGCUCCUAAUCUCAUUUUGUUACCUGUAUAAAAGACACCUGUCCACAGAAGCAAUCAAUCAAUCAGAUUCCAAACUCUCCACCAUGGCCAAGACCAAAGAGCUCCCCAAGGAUGUCAGGGACAAGAUUGUAGACCUACACAAGGCUGGAAUGGGCUACAAGACCAUCGCCAAGCAGCUUGGUGAGAAGGUGACAACAGUUGGUGCGAUUAUUCGCAAAUGGAAGAAACACAAAAUAACUGUCAAUCUCCCUCGGCCUGGGGCUCCAUGCAAGAUCUCACCUCGUGGAGUUGCAAUGAUCAUGAGAACAGUGAGGAAUCAGCCCAGAACUACACAGGAGGAUCUUGUCAAUGAUCUCAAGGCAGCUGGGACCAUAGUCACCAAGAAAACAAUUGGUAACACACUACGCCGUGAAGGACUGAAAUCCUGCAGCGCCCGCAUGGUCCCCCUGCUCAAGAAAGCACAUAUACAGGCCCGUCUGAAGUUUGCAAAUGAACAUCUGAAUGAUUCAGAGGAGAACUGGGUGAAAGUGUUGUGGUCAGAUGAGACCAAAAUCGAGCUCUUUGGCAUCAACUCAACUCGCCGUGUUUGGAGGAGGAGGAAUGCUGCCUAUGACCCCAAGAACACCAUCCCCACCGUCAAACAUGGAGGUGGAAACAUUAUGCUUUGGGGGUGUUUUUCUGCGAAGGGGACAGGACAACUUCACCGCAUCAAAAGGACGAUGGACGGGGCCAUGUACUUUCCCUCAGCCAGGGCAUUGAAAAUGGGUUGUGUAUGGGUAUUCCAGUAUGACAAUGACCCAAAACACACGGCCAAGGCAACAAAGGAGUGGCUCAAGAAGAAGCACAUUAAGGUCCUGGAGUGGCCUAGCCAGUCUCCAGACCUUAAUCCCAUAGAAAAUCUGUGGAGGGAGCUGAAGGUUCGAGUUGCCAAUCGUCAGCCUCGAAACCUUAAUGACUUGGAGAAGAUCUGCAAAGAGGAGUGGGACAAAAUCCAUCCUGAGAUGUGUGCAAACCUGGUGGCCAACUACAAGAAACGUCUGACCUCUGUGAUUGCCAACAAGGGUUUUGCCACCAAGUACUAAGUCAUGUUUGGCAAAGGGGUCAAAUACUUAUUUCCCUCAUUAAAAUGCAAAUCAAUUUAUAACAUAUUUGACAUGCGUUUUUCUGGAUUUUUUUGUUGUUAUUCUGUCUCUCACUGUUCAAAUAAACCUACCAUUAAAAUUAUAGACUGAGCAUCUCUUUGUCAGUGGGCAAAUGUACAAAAUCAGCAGGGGAUCAAAUACUUUUUUCCCUCACUGUACAGUUGAAGUCAGAAGUUUACAUACACUUAGGUUGGAGUCAUUAAAACUUGUUUUUCAACCACUCCACAAAUUUCUUGUUAACAAACUAUAGUUUUGGCAAAUCGGUUAGGACAUCUACUUUGUGCAUGACACAAGUAAUUUUUCCAACAAUUGUUUACAGACAGAUUAUUUAAUUUAUAAUUCACUGUAUCACAAUUCCAGUGGGUCAGAAGUUUACAUACAGAAAAUGAUGUCAUGGCUUUAGAAGCUUCUGAUAGGUUAAUUGACAUCAUUUGAGUCAAUUGGAGGUGUACCUGUGGAUGUAUUUCAAGGCCUACCUUCAAACUCAGUGCCUCUUUGCUUGACAUCAUGGGAAAAUCAAAAGAAAUCAGCCAAGACCUCAGAAAAGAAAUUGUAGACCUCCACAAGUCUGGUUCAUCCUUGGGAGCAAUUUCCAAACGCGUGAAGGUACCACGUUCAUCUGUACAAACAAUAGUAUGCAAGGAUAAACACCAUGGGACCACGCAGCCGUCAUACCGCUCAGGAAGGAGACGCGUUCUGUCUCCUAGAGAUGAACGUACUUUGGUGCGAAAAGUGCAAAUCAAUCCCAGAACUACAGCAAAGGACCUUGUGAAGAUGCUGGAGGAAACGGGUACAAAAGUAUCUAUAUCCACAGUAAAACGAGUCCUAUAUCGACAUAACCUGAAAGGCCGCUCAGCAAGGAAGAAGCCACUGCUCCAAAACCCCCAUUAAAAAGACAGACUACGGUUUGCAACUGCACAUGGGGACAAAUAUCUUACUUUUUGGAGAAAUGUCCUCUGGUUUGAUGAUAAAAAUAGAACUGUUUGACCAUAAUGACCAUCGUUAUGUUUGGAAGAAAAAGGGGUUUGCUUGCAAGCUGAACAACACCAUCCCAACCGUGAAGCACGGGGGUGGCAGCAUCAUGCUGUGGGGGUGCUUUGCUGCAGGAGGGACUGUUGCACUUCAUAAAAUAGAUGGCAUCAUGAGGAAGGAAAAUUAUGUGGAUAUAUUGAAGCGACAUCUCAAGACAUCAGUCAGGAAGUUAAAGCUUGGUCGCAAAUGGGUCUUCCAAAUGGACAAUGACCCCAAGCAUACUUCCAAAGUUGUGGCAAAAUGGCUUAAGGACAACAAAGUAAAGGUAUUGGAGUGGCCAUCACAAAGCCCUGACCUCAAUCCAAUAGAACAUUUGUGUGCAGAACUGAAAAAGCGUGCGCGAGCAAGGAGGCCUACAAACCUGACUCAUUUACACCAGCUCUGUCAGGAGGAAUGGGCCAAAAUUCACCCAACUUAUUGUGGGAAGCUUGUGGAAGGCUACUCAAAACGUUUGACCCAAGUUAAAACCAUUUAAAGGCAAUGCUACCAAAUACUAAUUGAGUGUAUGUAAACUUCUGACCCACUGGGAAUGUGAUGAAAGAAAUAAAAGCUGAAAUAAAUCAUUCUCUCUACUAUUAUUCUGACAUUUCACAUUCUUAAAAUAAAGUGGUGAUCCUAACUGACCUAAAACAGGGAAUAUUUACUAGGAUUAAAUGUCAGGAAUUGUGAAAAACAGAGUUUAAAUGUAUUUGGCUAAGGUGGAUGUAAACUUACGACUUAAACUGUAUCAAUACCAAUACAUACACACAACUGUAUAUACCCACUGAUUCUUGAAGAAUAUAACUUAUAAAUGCCUCAUGAGGUUAGUUUGACUGUCAUACCCCAUCAGAACCCAAAAUAUAAGCUUGUUUUACUACAAUGUUUGUAAAACAAAAUACAUUUAUAAACAUGGUUAAAACUAUAAUUUUAAUGAUAUGGAUCGUCAGUCCUUGCAUCCAAAGCUCUGUCUUCUGGCCCAUCCCACAGCUUUUUUGCCAAAACAGACUGCUUUGUUAUUGUUUCAAUUAAGGAUUCUAGCUUUAAGGUUAGUACUAUGUCUUCCAGGUCAGAAACACCCUACUUUCUCUUUCUCUCUAUCUCCAUCUGUCUAUCAGUCCAUCUCUCUUUCUCUCUAUCUCCAUCUGUCUAUCAGUCCAUCUCUCUUUAUUCCUCUGUCGUCCCUAAGGGAAUAGAUAUCACUGACAUCCUCAGGGUGAGAAAGACUUGUCUGUCUCUCUCUCUCCUUCCCUCGUUCUCUCUCUCACUUCCUCUCUCUCUCGCUGUGUCUCUCUCUUCCUCUCUCUCGCUGUGUCUCUCUCUCUUCCUCUCUCUCGCUGUGUCUCUCUCUCUUCACUCAUCUCCUUGUUGUCUUCUCUCUCUUUUCCUCUCUCUCUGGUGUCUCUCUCUCUACUCUCCUCUCCGGCUGUGUCUCUCUAUCUUCUCUCUCUCUCGCUGUGUUCUCUCUUAAAAAAAAAAAAAAAUUUUUUUUAAAUUUAUUUUUUUCCCCGGAAAAAAAAAUUUUCCUUUUUUUUAAACCCCUUUUAAGGGAAAAAAUUUUUUUUUAAAAAAUUUUUAAAGUUUUCCUUUUUUUUUUUAAAAAAAAACAAAAAACCCCCAAAAAAAAAACCCCCAAAAGUUUUAAAAAAACCCUUUUUAAGGGGAUAAAAAAAAUUUUUUUACAAAAAAAAAAAAUUUUUUUUUUUUUUGGGGUUUUAAAUUUUUUUUAAAAAAUUUUUUUUUUAAAAAGGUUUUUUUCCCCCCCGUUUGGGGGUUUUUUUUGUUUUUUUGGUUUUUUUUUUUUUUGGUUUUUUUUAAAAAACCCCCCUUUUUUUUUUUUUCCCCCCCCCCCCCUUUUUUUUUUUUUUUCCCCCCCCCCGGGGGUUUUUUUCCCCCCCUUUUCCCGGGGGGAAAACCCCCAUUUUUUGGGGGAAAGGGGGGGCCCCUUUUUUUUUUUGGGGGGGGGGGGGGGGGGGGGGGGUUUUUUUUUUUUUCCCCCCCUUUUUUUUGGGGGUUUUCCUCUUUUUUUUGUUUUUUUUUUGGGGGUGGGGGGGGGGGGGUUUUUUUUUUUCCCCCAAAAAAGGGGGGGGGGGGGGGGGGGGGGGAAAAAAAAAAAAAGGGGGGGGCCCCCCCCCCCCUUUUUUUUUGGGGGGGGCCCCCCCCUUUUUUUCCUUUUUCUCCCCCCCCCCUCUUUUUUCCCUUUUCCCCCUUUUUUUUCCUUUUUUCCCUCUCUCCUUUUCCCCCCCCCCCUUUUUGGGGGUUUUUCCCCCUCCCCUUUCCCCCCUUUUCCCAACCCCGGGGGGGGGGGGGUUUUUUUUAAAAAAGGGGGGGGGGCCCCCCCUUUCCCCGGGGGGGAAAAAUUUUUGGGGGAAAACCCCUUUUUGGGGGGGGGGGGGGGGUUUUUUUGGGCUUUUUUCCCCCCCCAAAAUGGGGGGGGGUUUCCCCCUUUUUUUUUUGGGGGGGGGGGUUUUUUUUCCCCCCUUUUGGUCUUUUUUUUUUUCCCCCCUUUUUAAAAUUUUUUUUUUUUUUUGGGGGGGAAAAAGGGGGGGGGGGGGAAAAGGAAAGGGGGGGGAAAAAAGGGGGAGAGGGGGGUUUGGGGGGGGGGGGGGGGCCCCCCCCCCCUUUUUUUCCCUCUCUUUUCCCCCAAAAUUUUUCUUUCCCCCCUUUUUUUCCCAAAACCUUUUCUUUUCCUCUAUUUCCCCCCUUUUUUUUUAAAAAAAGGGGGGGGAAAAAAACCAAAGGGGGGGGGGUUUAAAAAAAGGGGGGGGGGAAAAAUUUAAAAGGGGGUUUUUGGGAAAACCAAAAAAUUUUUUAAAAAUUUGGGGGAACCCAAAACACCAAAUUUUAACCUUUUUUUUUUUGGGGGGUUUUUUUUGGGGGGGUUUUAAAAUUUUUUUUUUUUUUGGGGGGGGGGGGGGGGGUUUUUUGGGUUUUUUUUUUUCCCCCCCAAAGGGUUUUAAAAACCCCCCCCCAAAAAAAAAGGGGGGGGGAAAGAGAAAAGGGGGAAGAAAAGGGGGGGGUUGGGGGGGAAAAAAAAAAAGGGGGGAAAAAAAGGUUUAAAAAAAUUUUUAAUUUUUUUCCCCCUUUUUUUUUUGGGGGCCUUUUAAAUUUUUUUUAAAAAUUUUUUCCCAAAUUUAAAAUUUUUUCAAAAAAAAAAAUUUUUUUUCCCCCAAAAAAAAAUUUUAGGAAUAAAAAUUUUAAACCCCCCCCCAAAAAAUUUUAACCCCCCCGGGGGGCCCCCCCCCCCCCCUUUCCGGGGCCCCCUCCCCCCCCCCCAAAAGGGGGGGGGAAAACCCAGGGCCCCCCCCCCCCCACCCCCGGGCCCCCUUCCCCCCCCGGGGAAAUUUCCUUUAACCCCCAAACCAACCCCCCCUUAAAAAAACCCCCCCCCCCCGGGGGGGGGGGGCCCCCCCUCCCCCCCUUCCCCCGGGGGGGGGGGGGGAAAAAAAUUUUUUUUUUAAAAAAACCUUUUCCCCCUUUUUUUGGGGGGGGGGGCCCUGCCGGGGGGGGGGUUUUUUUUCCCCCCCCCCCCUUUUUAAAAAAUUUUUUGGGGGGGGGAAAGGGGGGGGGGGGGUUGGUUAAAAAAAAAAAAUUUUUUAAAAAAGGGAAAAAAAUUUUUUUAACCCCCAAUUUUAAAAAUUUUUUUUAAAAUUUUUUUUUUUUUUUUAAAAAACCCAUAAAAAACCAAAAAAAGGUUUUUUAGAAAAAUGUUCUAAUGUAUUAAAAAUAAAAAACCGAAUACCUUAUUUACAUAAGUAUUCAGAUCCUUUACUCAGUACUUUGUUGAAGCACCUUUGGCAGCGAUUACAGCCUUGAGUAUUCUUGGGUAUGACACUACAAGCUUGGCACACCUGUAUUUGGGGAGUUUCUCCCAUUGUUGUCUGCAGAUCCUCUCAUGCUCUGUCAGGUUGGAUGGGGAUCGUCGCUGCACAGCUAUUUUCAGGUCUCUCCAGAGAUGUUUGAUCGGGUUGAAGUCCGGGCUCUGGCUGGGCCUCUCAAGGACAUUCAGAGACUUGUCCCGAAGCCACUCCUGCAUUGUCUUGGCUGUGUGCUUAGGGUCGUUGUCCUGUUGAAAGGUGAACCUUCGCCCCAGUCUGAGGUCCAGAGCGCUCUGGAGCAGGUUUUCAUCAAUGAUCUCACUGUACUUUGCUCCGUUCAUCUUUCCCUCGAUCCUGACUAGUUUCCCAGUCCCUGCCACUAAAAAACAUCCCCACAGCAUGAUUCUGCCACCAUCAUGGUGCCAGGUUUCCUCCAGAUGUGACGCUUGGCAUUCAGGCAAAAUAUAAUCUUGUUUCUCAUGGUCUGAGAGUCCUUUAGGUGCCUUUUGGCAAACUCCAAGCGGGCUGUCAUGUGCCUUUUACUGAGGAGUGGCUUCCGUCUGGCCACUCUACCAUAAAGGCCUGAUUGGUGGAGUGCUACAGAGAUGAUUGUCCUUCUGGACAGUUCGCCCAUCUCCACAGGGGAAGUCUGGAGCUCUGUCAGAGUGACCAUCGGGUUCUUGGUCACCUCCCUGACCAAGGCCCUUCUCCCCCGAUUGCUCAGUUUGGCCGGAUGGCCAACCCAAGGAAGAGUCUUGGUGGUUCCAAACUCCUUCCAUUUAAGAAUGAUGUUCUUGGGGAUCUUCAAUGCUGCAGACAUUUUUUGGUGCCCUUCCCCAGAACUGUGCCUCGAGACAAUCCUGUUUCGGAGCUCUACGGACAAUUCCUUCGACCUCAUGGCUUGGUUUUUGCUCUGACUUGCACUGUCAACUGUGGGACCUUAUAUAGACAGGUGUGUGCCUUUCCAAAUCAUGUCCAAUCAAUUGAAUUUACCACAGGUGGACUCCAAUCAAGUUGUAGAAACAUCUCAAGGAUGAUCAAUGGAAAAAGGAUUCACCUGAGCUCAAUUUCGAGUCUCAUAGCAAAGGGUCUGAAUACUUAUGUAAAUAAGGUAUUUCUGUUUAUUUUUUAUACAUUUGCAAAAAUAUCUAAAAACCUGUUUUUGCUUUGUCAUUUUGGGGUAUUGUGUGUAGUUCGAGGGAAAAAAAUAAUUGUAUCAAUUUUAGAAUAAGGCUGUAACGUAACAAAAUGUGGAAAAAGGGAAGAGGUCUGAAUACUUUCCGAAAGCACUGUAAGUGGGUUGGUACAGCACAUGACAGGCAUCUUGCCGUUCCUAAUAUUAUAUUAAACCUAUUCUCUCCCUCCACCUGCUCUGUCUCUGUAUUCAUCUCAGUAGGCUCCUCAGAAUUGACAGGCUUCAGCGUUCCGAUAGGGGGACACACUCUCUCCAAAACCAUAUCCAUUCAUAUUUCAACACAGAAUAGAAGGACCUUUUUGGUUGUCUGUGUUGUUCUCCAUCCCUCAUCAGAGUUGUACCUCCUCUCAUGUGCAGGGGUAGAAAAGUAGAAUAGCAGGAGUAGUAUAUCAAGGCUUCUUUCAUCGCUUGGCAUCUGAACAGUGAGGUGUAUGGAAGGAACCUGACAAGGCAGGAGAGACAGAGGGAGACUGGGAGAAAGUGAGAGUGGAAGCGUGGAUUCAUAUAUAGACAAUAAAUGAAACAAACUCAAAUCAGAGGAGAGAGAUAUCAAACAGAAUGAAGGAGAGAUAAGAGGCAGCCGGGGGUUGAUGAGGACGUGAACAGGGAGAGAGAUACAGAUCAACAAGAUGAGCUCUGUGUGUGUGUGUUGCUCACCCCCCCCCCCCCCCUCCCCCCCCCCCUCUCCUCCUCCCUGUGUCAGGCCCUGUUGGAGACCCAGAGAGAGCUGCGUAACCAUGUACCCAACUUCACCUUCAACCUGGGCUAUUCAGGGAAGUUCUUCCAUGCAGGUAAGACAGACAGGAUACUAUUCACAAAUCCAAGCAGUAUACACAUUGCUUUUAUAACUCGAGGGCAUACACCACACCUUCUUCCAGGCAUUGUUUAUCAAACAAACAUUUUUCUCUCCCUCCCCCUUCCCUCCUCUUCAUUCUUUCCUCUCUUUCGCUGCUACUCUCCUGCUCCAUCCGGUCCUCUCCCUGUCCUCCUUCUGCACACCUCCCAUCUUCUUACCUUCUCUCCUCUCCUUCUCCUCCCUUUGUCUCCAGGGUCAGAUGAGGAGGACCUGGGGGAUGACCUGCUCCUCUCCUACGUCAAGGAGUUCUGGUGGUUCCCCCACAUGUGGAGCCACAUGCAGCCCCACCUCUUCCACAACCAGUCAGUGCUAGCUGAACAGAUGCUGCUCAACAAGAGGUUCGCUAUGGUGAGUCUCUGUCUGUCUGGGGGCUAGCAGUGGGAUGCUAACAGUUAAAAUGUUUACAUUUAUAGUCAUUUAGCAGACGCUCUUAUCCAGAGCGACUUACAGUUAGUGAGUGCAUACAUUUUCAUACUGGCCCCCCGUGGGAAUCGAACCCACAACCCUGGCGUUGCAAACGCCAUGCUCUACCAACUGAGCUACACGGGGCCUCAUUACUUUGUUGCUCCUCAUUAGAAAUGCUAACGUUAGCCUAAUCUCGGUUAACCCAGAACUAAAGUCUUGCGUAAUUGGUCAGAUGCUCGAUUAAGUUCUGGGUCCAUACUUGUUAAGAGAAGAGCUAGAACAAGGAUUGGAACCAGAGCGAAGAGCUCCACCCUCUCUCUUUGCAUGUUACAGGCCGACUGUCCCCUCCCCUUCUGAAAUAACACCUGUAAAAUGGUGAUUUGUCCAAAGCACCAGAACUAAUGCUGCUCGUUACCUCACGCACCCGUUGUAUCAUGGCAGAUCUACAGUACCAUUUAUGUGCUGUGUUGGGCUAGUUUUAGCAUUGCUAAUGAGGAGCAAUACAGUGAGGGCUGGUGCUGAGUGAGAGAAAUCACUUGGUAAUGACUUAUGUGUGUGUCAGGUCGUAUCAGUCUGAAUCCUGGCUGUGAUUUUAAUUAUGAUUCCUUCUUCCUCCCUACCCACCUCCUAUCUCGCUCUCUCUCCACCCCCAUCUACCCCUCUUCUGCCUCCCCUUUUCUCUCUUUCCAGGAGCACGGUAUUCCCACUAACAUGGGCUAUGCUGUAGCCCCCCACCACUCUGGGGUGUACCCGGUCCACCUGCAGCUGUACGAUGCCUGGAAGAAGGUAUGGGGAAUCAGGGUGACCAGCACAGAGGAAUACCCCCACCUCAAACCUGCCCGCUUCAGACGAGGAUUCAUACACAGCGGUAUCAGCGUGAGUCACAGGGCCCUUACUGACGUUUACUCUCUCUCUCUCCAUCUCUGGUUUGCUCUGUCUUCCUUUGCAGAUAUGAAGUUACAGAAUAGGUGUAAACAAGAUGGUGCUGGCUGCACCUAGCCUUCAUCCUUCUGUCUCUACCUCAUGCCUUCUCUUUCCUACUCUCUUCACCAUCUUCAUAACUCUAUUACCACCACCUAUCUCAUCAUCUUCAUAACUCUAUUACCACCACCUAUCUCACCAUCUUCAUAACUCUAUUACCACCAUCUAUCUCACCAUCUUCAUAACUCUAUUACCACCACCUAUCUCAUCAUCUUCAUAACUCUAUUACCACCACCUAUCUCACCAUCUUCAUAACUCUAUUACCACCACCUACAGUGCCUUGCAAAAGUAUUCAUCCCCCUUAGCGUUUUUCCUAUUUUGUUGCAUUACAACCUAUAAUUUAAAUUGAUUUUCAUUUGGAUUUCAUGUAAUGUGUCAGGGUAUCUGAUGCGGAUGUGGUGCGGAAUCAAGUGCAGGACACAGGAGCUAAGUCAAACCAGUCUUUACUUGAAAAUACAAAAUAACAAACGGGUCUAACCAACCCGGAGGCGAACAAUACGCAACAGUGCGUAAAACACAAAACCGACUGCGCACGAAAACAACAGUGCGACGGUACACGCUAGCGACUGGCAAAAAGUGAACAGCACCAACAGACAGGUGAAACCAAUUACACACAACACAUGACAGAAACAACGAGAACUUAUAGGACACAUAAUCAACACUAAACAUGAACAGGUGUACCAAACAGACCAAACCAAACAAACAUCGAAACAAAGAACGGUGGUAGCUAGUACUCCGGAGACGACGACCGCCAAAGCCUGCCCGAACAAGGAGGAGGAGCAGCCUCGGCCGAAACCGUGACAUAAUGGACAUACACAAGAUAGUCCAAAUUGGUGAAGUGAAAUGAAAAAAAUAACUUGUUUCAAUAAAAUCAAAAAAAUUAAUAACGGAAAAGGGGUGCGUGCAUAUGUAUUCAUCCCCUUUGCUAUGAAGCCUCUAAAUAAGAUCUGGUGCAACCAAUUACCUUCAGAAGUCACAUAAUUAGUUAAAUAAAGUCAACCUGUGUGCAAUCUAAGUGUCACAUGAUCUGUCACAUGACCAAGGAGCUCUCCAAACAGGUCAGGGACAGUUGUGGAGAAGUACUGAUCAGGGUUGAUUUAUAAAAAAAUAUCAGAAACUUUUAACAUCCCACGGAGCACCAUUAAAUCCAUUAUAAAAAAAUGGAAAGAAUAUGACACCACAACAAACCUGCUGAGAGGGCCACCCACCAAAACUCACGGACCAGGCAAGGAGGGCAUUAAUCAGAGAGGCAACAAAGAGACCAAAUAUAACCCUGAAGGAGCUGCAAAGCUCCACAGCUGAGAUUGGAGUAUCCGUCCAUAUGACCACUUUAAGCCGUACACUCCACAGAGCUGGGCUUUACGGAAGAGUGGCCAGAAAAAAGCCAUUGCUUAAAGGAAAAAAAUUAAGCAAACAUGUUUGGUGUUUGCCAAAAGGCAUAUGGGAGACUCCCCAAACAUAUGGAAGAAGGUACUCUGGUCAGAUGAGACCUGAGUCAUCAAGGAAAAUGCUAUGUCUGGCGCAAACCCAACACCUCUCAUCACCCCGAGAACACCAUCCCCACAGUGAAGCAUGGUGGUGGCAGCAUCAUGAUGUGGGGAUGUUUUUAAUUGGCAGGGACCGGGAAACUGUUCAGAAUUGAAUGAAUGAUGGAAGGCGCUAAAUACAGGGAAAUUCUUGAGGGAAACCUGUUUCAGUCUUCCAGAGAUUUGAGACUGGGAAGGAGGUUCACCUUCCAGCAGGACGAUGACCCUAAGCAUACUGCUAAAGCAACACUCGAGUGGUUUAAGGGGAAACAUUUAAAUGUCUUGGAAUGGCCUAGUCAAAGCCCAGACCUCAAUCUAAUUGAGAAUCUGUGGUAUGAUUUAAAGAUUCCAGCGGAACCCAUCCAACUUGAAGGAGCUGGGGCAGUGUUGCCUUGAAGAAUGGGCAGAAAUCCCAGUGGCUAGAUGUGCCAAGCUUAUAGAGACAUACCCCAAGAGACUUGAAGCUGUAAUUACUGCAAAAGGUGGCUCUACAAAGUAUUGACUUUGGGGGGGUUGAAUAGUUAUGCACGCUCAAGUUUUCCAUUUUUUUGUAUUAUUUCUUGUUAGUUUCGCAAUAAAACAUAUUUUGCAUCUUCUAAGUGGUAGGCAUGUUGUGUAAAUCAAAUGCAACAAAAUAGGAAAAAUGCCAAGUGGGGUGAAUACUUUCGCAAGCCGCUGUAUCUCACCAUCUUCAUAACUCUAUUACCACCACCUAUCUCAUCUUCAUAACUCUAUUACCACCACUUAUCUCACCAUCUCUCCCUCUUUCUUCUCUUUUUUCUGUAUCUCCUAUCAACAUCUCUCCUUCUCUCUUCCUCCUCUGAGAUGGAAAGAACAGCAGGUUGGUUUUAUUUGUAUCACCGUGGCAACAGUGGCCUUGGAAUGGCCAGCCUCAUUAUGCCUUCCUGUUGGUCAGUCAGUGUUUGAGGAUCCCUCUACAGCAGUAUGUGAUAGUGGACUGUAGCUACGCCAACCACUCUGACUGGCCCCCAAACACUACCAACCACACUGACUGGACCCCAAACACUACCAACCACUCUGACUGGGCCCCAAACACUACCAACCACUCUGACUGGGCCCCAAACACUACCAACCACUCUGACUGGGCCCCAAACACUACCAACCACUCUGACUGGGCCCCAAACACUACCAACCACUCUGACUGGGCCCCAAACACUACCAACCACUCUGACUGGGCCCCAAACACUACCAACCACUCUGACUGGGCCCCAAACACUACCAACCACUCUGACUGGCCCCCUAACACUACCAACCACUCUGACUAGCCCCCAGACACUACCAAUCACUCUGACCGGCCCCCAGACACUACCUCUUGGAUACACUUUUAACAAUACAACAACAACAUCAACAACAGAGACUUUUCCCUCCACAGCAUAAACCCUGACGGCACGCCACCAAAACACAAGUAAAUCUAAAUUUACAUAUAGACUCAGAGUGAAUAAGAGGUUUGCUUCUCCAAAUGAUAAUAAUAAUAAUAAUAAUAAGAUUAUUGAAAGCAAAAGUGUUUAUAUUGCUUGGGGUUUGGAAUGUUUUGCAUUGAAUAGACCAGUGGGGCUGGUGUGUGCUUGUGUGUGUGUGUGUGUGCAUGUGCGCGUUUGUGUGUGUGCGUGUGCGUGCUUGUGUGUGUCAUUGACUUAUAAGUGUGUGUGUGUGUGUUUGCAGGUCUUGCCCAGGCAGACGUGUGGCCUGUUUACACACACCAUCUUCUAUAAGGAGUACCCAGGCAGUCCCAAUGAACUGGACAAACUCAUUAACGGAGGAGAGCUGUUCCUCACUGUCCUACUCAACCCUGUGAGUUAACGCAGACAUACAGACACACAACGCGCCAAACCACCACAUAAGUAAAUCAGAGCUGAAUGUAAGUGAUAUCUACACUGGCUUUAUAUCUCUCUACUGUUAUCUAAUCAUAUCAUAAGUUCUAUAUAUACUAUGAUAAUGUUUAUAAUGAGAUAUAGAUAUAAUAUUCAUAUGAUAAUAUAUAAUGUUAUAUAUAUAUAUAAUGUUUAUCUAAUAUAUGCUAAUGUUAUAUAUAUAAUUAUGAAUGUUAAUAUAUCAUAUAUGUUUAUAUAUGAUCAUCUAUAGUUUAUAUCUAUGAAAUAUUUACUAGAUACUAUAUAAUGUUUAUAUAUCUAUACUACUGUGUAUAUAUAAUGUUUAUAGAUAUAGCUAAAGAUAUAUAUACUCAUAUAAAUGUUUAUUCUCAUCUACUCUUUUCUACUGUUUAUAUCUAUCUCACAUGUUGCUAUCUCUAUAUAAGAUUUCACAUAUUUCUAAGGUUUACUAUCUAUAUAUCUAAUGUUUCUAUAUCAUGUCUAGAAUGUUUAUCUAUCUAAACUAUCGCAUGUCUAUAUAAAUACAUAUGUUUAUAUACUAAUAGAUAGAAUGUUUAUAUAUAAUAUAUCAUGGUUCUCUAUAUAUCUAUAUAUAUAUAUAUAUCUAUCUGUAUACUUAUCUAUAUAUAUAUAUAUGAUAUCUCAUCUAUCCUCUCUUCGACCUCUCCUCUAUAUCUCUCUCUAUCAUACUCUCUCUUCGAUCUCUCCUAGCUAAUCUCUCUCGACUAUCUCUAUAUAUGUUUAUAUAUUGUCAUACUCCUGUUCACUAUCUAAUGUUAUAUACAUUACUACUGUUUUAUAUUAGCUAGACAUGAUCUCUAUCUCUCUAAUCUAGCAUGUUUCUCUUCAUCUUUGGUGUUUUUCUCUCUAUCCCUCCUGUUUCUCUCUAUCCUCUCUACGUUUCAUCUCAUAACCCUUUUUGGGUUUUUCCAUCCUGUUUCUCGCUCCGGCAUCUCCUUUCUCUCUCCUCUUCCUGUUAUCUCUCUCUUCGUGUUUCUCCUCUAUCCUGUUUUCUCUCUCUGUUUUUCUCUAUACUGUAUCACCUCUCUGCUUGUUUCUAUCUCUAUCUACAUGUUUCUCUCCUCCUAUCUCCUGUUUCUCCUCUCCUCUCUCCUGUUUCGCUCUCAUCUACUCCUACCAAUCAGUAUUUCAUGACCACCUGCUAACUAUGGUUAACGACAAGAUCAGGGGGGACUGUGUACACCUUUAAGAGCCUGGUGGCCUUCCUGCAGACCUGGACCAACCUGCGGCUGCAGACCCUGCCUCCCAUCCAGCUGGCCCACAGAUACUUCAGCCUCUUCCCCAACGAGAGAAACCCACUCUGGCAGGUCAGUCUGUGGGACAGAGAGAUACUGACUGGAACUGGAUGUGUGCAUUGACUAAUACUGGAAUGUGAUAACUAUCUUGGGGAAUCAACUACAGCCAAGCUAAGUGGAAAAAUCAUGUUAGAUUGUAUUUUGAGUGGAACCUCCCUUUAACCUGAAUGCACACAGCUUAAUCUCAUUUAGAUAGGUGUUUGACAUGAGUUUUUAUUAUGUUACUUAGACAUGAAUCUAAGUAACAUAAUAAAAAAAUCCCCUUCAAAAUCCGUCAGUUUAAGCUAUCCACGGCAUCUGCCUAUGUUGGCCUUCUGCAUCUGCGGUGGAAGGUGGCAGAGCCCUGUUAGACUAUUAGAAGUUAAGCAACUGGACCAAAGUAAGAAUUACUAACGACACUCAUAAACCCUGGUCCUACAGGAUCCCUGCGAGGACAAAAGGCAUAAGGACAUUUGGUCAAAGGAGAAGACAUGCGACCGUUUCCCCAAGCUGCUUGUCAUUGGGCCUCAGAAGACAGGUGAGAGAGAUGGAACACCAGCACCACCUAGUGGACAUCACUAGCUAUGACUCUCCGUCCACAAUCUCACUUCUGCUUGCUUCCCAUCCCAAAUGUUACCCUAUUCCCUGUAUAAUGCACUACUCUUGACCAGAGCCCUACCCUGGUCAAAGGUAGUGCAUUAUAUAGGGAAUAGGGUGCCAUUUGGGAUGCAUUUCACCUCACUUGUGUUUCGUUUCCCUUCCUCAUAUGUAAUUAUCACAGUGAUGAGUAGUUAGAGUUGAGAGGGAUUUGCUCUGGCCUGUAGGAGGUUUCUGAGACUUUGGGCUGCAGAGGAGGUGUUGUUCUCUCAGAGUUACACAUUCUCAGUACAGGACAGAAUAACGGGAACUGGCCUUUCACAGAUGACUGACUGACUCGCUCUCCUCCGCAGAGAAAGCAGAAGGCGGUUUAUGAGAAACACUCACACACACUGAUGGGAACAGGACACUAACGAGACAAUUUGUUUUAUCAUUAAUUGUUAUGAAUGUGAACUGGCAAAGGUGCUCACAGCAAUAGUCAAGCUUCAAAAUAAUCCUCUCUCCACACAUCCUCUCUCUAUCUUUCCGUCCAGACCUCUCUCUAUCCCUCGCAUCCCUCCAUCGCAGCCCUACAUCCCCUACAAUCACCUUCAUCCAUCAUCUACGCCCAGGUUCUACAGCCCUCUAUCUGUUCCUGGCAUGCAACCCUCCCUGACAUGACCAGUAACUACCCAGCAAGGAGACCUUUGGAGAUUCAAGUUCUUCAAUGGACACAAUUACCACAGGAGCCUUGAUGUAUGACUGCCACAGAGAAAGAGCUCUGGGACGUAUUCAUAAAGGGUCUCAGGUGCAGGAGUGUUGAUCUAGGAUCAGGCCUCCCCUGUCCAUGUCAUCUUAUUCCUUAUGAUCUAAAAAUUAAAAAUGUAAAUUACUAAAAUCAAAUUGAAAACGGUUUAGAAAUUAUAAUGCUUUCUAGUCCAGGAGUUGACUUCAUCUGUGCUUCUGUCAGUGUUCUGUCUGUGUUCUGUCAGUCUAUAAUUUAGUUAGUGCAUCUGUUUUGUCUUUGGGUGAACACACAGGUACAUGGAGUACUUCCCCUUGCCAUCCAACACCAGCUCAGACUACUACUUUGAGAAAAGUGCCAACUACUUUGACUCCGAGGUGGCAGCGGAGCGGGCGGCCGCCCUCCUGCCAAAGGCCAAGAUCAUCACCAUCCUCAUCAACCCAGCUGACCGCGCUUACUCAUGGUACCAGGUUGGUUAUAACUCCUUAUAUCUGUUGUAGAUAAUGCAUAAUUACUACUCAUGGUACCAGGUCUGUACGAUACAUAACUAUUCCUCAUUUUGACUGUCAUGUUAUAACCCUAUGUCAUAUUAUAACCCUACAGCACCAGCGCGCCCAUGACGACCCAGUGGCUCUGAAAUACUCCUUCCAUGAUGUCAUCGCGGCUACCCAUGAUGCCCCAGUGAAACUGCGUGUGCUCCAGAACCGUUGCCUGGUGCCGGGCUGGUACGCCGUCCACAUGGAGCGAUGGCUCAACCACUACCACUCCAGUCAGGUCCUGGUUCUGGAUGGGCAGCAGCUGAAGACUGAGCCGGCCUCAGUUAUGGACAGGAUCCAGAAGUUUCUAGGCCUGGUCAACAUGGUCAACUACCACAGGAUCCUAGCGUGAGUCACUUCACAAACACAGAACAGAUAACUUCCCUAGCCACUUACCUCCAUAUGUCAAUAUGGGCCUAGAUGUAUUGUAACAAAGAGCAUUUUAAAAUGCAAAUUGUCCUGUACAUUUUUAACUGGGGCUCCCAGAUUAAGAUUUAAUAUGUUUUCUCCAGGUUUGACCCCAAGAAAGGCUUCUGGUGUCAGCUGCUGGAGGAAGGGAAGACCAAGUGUCUGGGAAGAGCAAGGGGCGGCGGUACCCUGACAUGGACCCAGAGGUAA